AUGACGACUGAAUCAGGAGCAGACUCCGAGCCCAAGCAUCAGCAGCAGGAGAAAGGAGGGAAGGACAAAGCGAAGGCAGCAGAACACUUCCCAGCCGCGGCUGGACACAGCACACCUGCCAGGAAUAACCAGGUGAGGCACCGUAGCUACUGCUUUUUUCAUUCACUGACAGUACGGUAUAGUAGGGGGUCACAGUGCUGAGCAGGUCGUAUUCAUUCACUGACAGUACGGUAUAGUAGGGGGUCACAGUGCUGAGCAGGUCGUAUUCAUUCACUGACAGUACGGUAUAGUAGGGGGUCACAGUGCUGAGCAGGUCGUAUUCAUUCACUGACAGUACGGUAUAGUAGGGGGGUCACAGUGCUGAGCAGGUCGUAUUCAUUCACUGACAGUACGGUAUAGUAGGGGGGUCACAGUGCUGAGCAGGUCGUAUUCAUUCACUGACAGUACGGUAUAGUAGGGGGGUCACAGUGCUGAGCAGGUCGUAUUCAUUCACUGACAGUAUGGUAUAGCAGGGGGGUCACAGUGCUGAGCAGGUCGUAUUCAUUCACUGACAGUACGGUAUAGUAGGGGGUCACAGUGCUGAGCAGGUCGUAUUCAUUCACUGACAGUACGGUAUAGUAGGGGGGUCACAGUGCUGAGCAGGUCGUAUUCAUUCACUGACAGUACGGUAUAGUAGGGGGGUCACAGUGCUGAGCAGGUCGUAUUCAUUCACUGACAGUACGGUAUAGUAGGGGGGUCACAGUGCUGAGCAGGUCGUAUUCAUUCACUGACAGUACGGUAUAGUAGGGGGGUCACAGUGCUGAGCAGGUCGUAUUCAUUCACUGACAGUACGGUAUAGUAGGGGGGUCACAGUGCUGAGCAGGUCGUAUUCAUUCACUGACAGUACGGUAUAGUAGGGGGGUCACAGUGCUGAGCAGGUCGUAUUCAUUCACUGACAGUACGGUAUAGUAGGGGGGUCACAGUGCUGAGCAGGUCGUAUUCAUUCACUGACAGUACGGUAUAGUAGGGGGGUCACAGUGCUGAGCAGGUCGUAUUCAUUCACUGACAGUACGGUAUAGUAGGGGGGUCACAGUGCUGAGCAGGUCGUAUUCAUUCACUGAUAGUAGGGGGGUCACAGUGCUGAGCAGGUCGUAUUCAUUCACUGACAGUACGGUAUAGUAGGGGGGUCACAGUGCUGAGCAGGUCGUAUUCAUUCACUGACAGUACGGUAUAGUAGGGGGUCACAGUGCUGAGCAGGUCGUAUUCAUUCACUGACAGUACGGUAUAGUAGGGAGGUCACAGUGCUGAGCAGGUCGUAUUCAUUCACUGACAGUACGGUAUAGUAGGGGGUCACAGUGCUGAGCAGGUCGUAUUCAUUCACUGACAGUACGGUAUAGUAGGGGGUCACAGUGCUGAGCAGGUCGUAUUCAUUCACUGACAGUACGGUAUAGUAGGGGGGUCACAGUGCUGAGCAGGUCGUAUUCAUUCACUGACAGUACGGUAUAGUAGGGGGGUCACAGUGCUGAGCAGGUCGUAUUCAUUCACUGACAGUACGGUAUAGUAGGGGGGUCACAGUGCUGAGCAGGUCGUAUUCAUUCACUGACAGUACGGUAUAGUAGGGGGGGUCACAGUGCUGAGCAGGUCGUAUUCAUUCACUGACAGUACGGUAUAGUAGGGGGUCACAGUGCUGAGCAGGUCGUAUUCAUUCACUGACAGUACGGUAUAGUAGGGGGGUCACAGUGCUGAGCAGGUCGUAUUCAUUCACUGACAGUACGGUAUAGUAGGGGGGUCACAGUGCUGAGCAGGUCGUAUUCAUUCACUGACAGUACGGUAUAGUAGGGGGGUCACAGUGCUGAGCAGGUCGUAUUCAUUCACUGACAGUACGGUAUAGUAGGGGGGUCACAGUGCUGAGCAGGUCGUAUUCAUUCACUGACAGUACGGUAUAGUAGGGGGGUCACAGUGCUGAGCAGGUCGUAUUCAUUCACUGACAGUACGGUAUAGUAGGGGGGUCACAGUGCUGAGCAGGUCGUAUUCAUUCACUGACAGUACGGUAUAGUAGGGGGGUCACAGUGCUGAGCAGGUCGUAUUCAUUCACUGACAGUACGGUAUAGUAGGGGGGUCACAGUGCUGAGCAGGUCGUAUUCAUUCACUGACAGUACGGUAUAGUAGGGGGGGGUCACAGUGCUGAGCAGGUCGUAUUCAUUCACUGACAGUACGGUAUAGUAGGGGGUCACAGUGCUGAGCAGGUCGUAUUCAUUCACUGACAGUACGGUAUAGUAGGGGGUCACAGUGCUGAGCAGGUCGUAUUCAUUCACUGACAGUACGGUAUAGUAGGGGGGUCACAGUGCUGAGCAGGUCGUAUUCAUUCACUGACAGUACGGUAUAGUAGGGGGUCACAGUGCUGAGCAGGUCGUAUUCAUUCACUGACAGUACGGUAUAGUAGGGGGGUCACAGUGCUGAGCAGGUCGUAUUCAUUCACUGACAGUACGGUAUAGUAGGGGGGGUCACAGUGCUGAGCAGGUCGUAUUCAUUCACUGACAGUAUGGUAUAGCAGGGGGGUCACAGUGCUGAGCAGGUCGUAUUCAUUCACUGACAGUACGGUAUAGUAGGGGGGUCACAGUGCUGAGCAGGUCGUAUUCAUUCACUGACAGUACGGUAUAGUAGGGGGGGUCACAGUGCUGAGCAGGUCGUAUUCAUUCACUGACAGUACGGUAUAGUAGGGGGGUCACAGUGCUGAGCAGGUCGUAUUCAUUCACUGACAGUACGGUAUAGUAGGGGGGUCACAGUGCUGAGCAGGUCGUAUUCAUUCACUGACAGUACGGUAUAGUAGGGGGGUCACAGUGCUGAGCAGGUCGUAUUCAUUCACUGACAGUACGGUAUAGUAGGGGGGUCACAGUGCUGAGCAGGUCGUAUUCAUUCACUGACAGUACGGUAUAGUAGGGGGGUCACAGUGCUGAGCAGGUCGUAUUCAUUCACUGACAGUACGGUAUAGUAGGGGGGUCACAGUGCUGAGCAGGUCGUAUUCAUUCACUGACAGUACGGUAUAGUAGGGGGGUCACAGUGCUGAGCAGGUCGUAUUCAUUCACUGACAGUACGGUAUAGUAGGGGGGUCACAGUGCUGAGCAGGUCGUAUUCAUUCACUGACAGUACGGUAUAGUAGGGGGUCACAGUGCUGAGCAGGUCGUAUUCAUUCACUGACAGUACGGUAUAGUAGGGGGGUCACAGUGCUGAGCAGGUCGUAUUCAUUCACUGACAGUACGGUAUAGUAGGGGGGUCACAGUGCUGAGCAGGUCGUAUUCAUUCACUGACAGUACGGUAUAGUAGGGGGGUCACAGUGCUGAGCAGGUCGUAUUCAUUCACUGACAGUACGGUAUAGUAGGGGGGUCACAGUGCUGAGCAGGUCGUAUUCAUUCACUGACAGUACGGUAUAGUAGGGGGGUCACAGUGCUGAGCAGGUCGUAUUCAUUCACUGACAGUACGGUAUAGUAGGGGGGUCACAGUGCUGAGCAGGUCGUAUUCAUUCACUGACAGUACGGUAUAGUAGGGGGGUCACAGUGCUGAGCAGGUCGUAUUCAUUCACUGAUAGUAGGGGGUCACAGUGCUGAGCAGGUCGUAUUCAUUCACUGACAGUACGGUAUAGUAGGGGGGUCACAGUGCUGAGCAGGUCGUAUUCAUUCACUGACAGUACGGUAUAGUAUGGGGUCACAGUGCUGAGCAGGUCGUAUUAAUUCACUGACAGUACGGUAUAGUAGGGAGGUCACAGUGCUGAGCAGGUCGUAUUCAUUCACUGACAGUACGGUAUAGUAGGGGGUCACAGUGCUGAGCAGGUCGUAUUCAUUCACUGACAGUACGGUAUAGUAGGGGGUCACAGUGCUGAGCAGGUCGUAUUCAUUCACUGACAGUACGGUAUAGUAGGGGGGUCACAGUGCUGAGCAGGUCGUAUUCAUUCACUGACAGUACGGUAUAGUAGGGGGGUCACAGUGCUGAGCAGGUCAUAUUCAUUCACUGACAGUACGGUAUAGUAGGGGGUCACAGUGCUGAGCAGGUCGUAUUCAUUCACUGACAGUACGGUAUAGUAGGGGGUCACAGUGCUGAGCAGGUCGUAUUCAUUCACUGACAGUACGGUAUAGUAGGGGGGUCACAGUGCUGAGCAGGUCGUAUUCAUUCACUGACAGUACGGUAUAGUAGGGGGGGUCACAGUGCUGAGCAGGUCGUAUUCAUUCACUGACAGUACGGUAUAGUAGGGGGGGGUCACAGUGCUGAGCAGGUCGUAUUCAUUCACUGACAGUACGGUAUAGUAGGGGGGUCACAGUGCUGAGCAGGUCGUAUUCAUUCACUGACAGUACGGUAUAGUAGGGGGGUCACAGUGCUGAGCAGGUCGUAUUCAUUCACUGACAGUACGGUAUAGUAGGGGGGUCACAGUGCUGAGCAGGUCGUAUUCAUUCACUGACAGUACGGUAUAGUAGGGGGGGUCACAGUGCUGAGCAGGUCGUAUUCAUUCACUGACAGUACGGUAUAGUAGGGGGGUCACAGUGCUGAGCAGGUCGUAUUCAUUCACUGACAGUACGGUAUAGUAGGGGGGGUCACAGUGCUGAGCAGGUCGUAUUCAUUCACUGACAGUACGGUAUAGUAGGGGGGUCACAGUGCUGAGCAGGUCGUAUUCAUUCACUGACAGUACGGUAUAGUAGGGGGUCACAGUGCUGAGCAGGUCGUAUUCAUUCACUGACAGUACGGUAUAGUAGGGGGUCACAGUGCUGAGCAGGUCGUAUUCAUUCACUGACAGUACGGUAUCGUAGGGGGGUCACAGUGCUGAGCAGGGUCGUAUUCAUUCACUGACAGUACGGUAUAGUAGGGGGGUCACAGUGCUGAGCAGGUCGUAUUCAUUCACUGACAGUACGGUAUAGUAGGGGGGUCACAGUGCUGAGCAGGUCGUAUUCAUUCACUGACAGUACGGUAUAGUAGGGGGGUCACAGUGCUGAGCAGGUCGUAUUCAUUCACUGACAGUACGGUAUAGUAGGGGGUCACAGUGCUGAGCAGGUCGUAUUCAUUCACUGACAGUACGGUAUAGUAGGGGGGGUCACAGUGCUGAGCAGGUCGUAUUCAUUCACUGACAGUACGGUAUAGUAGGGGGGUCACAGUGCUGAGCAGGUCGUAUUCAUUCACUGACAGUACGGUAUAGUAGGGGGGUCACAGUGCUGAGCAGGUCGUAUUCAUUCACUGACAGUACGGUAUAGUAGGGGGGUCACAGUGCUGAGCAGGUCGUAUUCAUUCACUGACAGUACGGUAUAGUAGGGGGGUCACAGUGCUGAGCAGGUCGUAUUCAUUCACUGACAGUACGGUAUAGUAGGGGGGUCACAGUGCUGAGCAGGUCGUAUUCAUUCACUGAUAGUAGGGGGUCACAGUGCUGAGCAGGUCGUAUUCAUUCACUGACAGUACGGUAUAGUAGGGGGGUCACAGUGCUGAGCAGGUCGUAUUCAUUCACUGACAGUACGGUAUAGUAGGGGGUCACAGUGCUGAGCAGGUCGUAUUCAUUCACUGACAGUACAGUAUAGUAGGGGGGUCACAGUGCUGAGCAGGUCGUAUUCAUUCACUGACAGUACGGUAUAGUAGGGGGGUCACAGUGCUGAGCAGGUCGUAUUCAUUCACUGACAGUACGGUUAUAGUAGGGGGGUCACAGUGCUGAGCAGGUCGUAUUCAUUCACCGACAGUACGGUAUAGUAGGGGGGUCACAGUGCUGAGCAGGUCGUAUUCAUUCACUGACAGUACGGUAUAGUAGGGGGUCACAGUGCUGAGCAGGUCGUAUUCAUUCACUGACAGUACGGUAUAGUAGGGGGGUCACAGUGCUGAGCAGGUCGUAUUCAUUCACUGACAGUACGGUAUAGUAGGGGGGUCACAGUGCUGAGCAGGUCGUAUUCAUUCACUGACAGUACGGUAUAGUAGGGGGUCACAGUGCUGAGCAGGUCGUAUUCAUUCACUGACAGUACGGUAUAGUAUGGGGGUCACAGUGCUGAGCAGGUCGUAUUCAUUCACUGGCAGUACGGUAUAGUAUGGGGUCACAGUGCUGAGCAGGUCGUAUUCAUUCACUGACAGUACGGUAUAGUAGGGGGGUCACAGUGCUGAGCAGGUCAUAUUCAUUCACUGACAGUACGGUAUAGUAGGGGGGGGUCACAGUGCUGAGCAGGUCGUAUUCAGUCACUGACAGUACGGUAUAGUAGGGGGUCACAGUGCUGAGCAGGUCGUAUUCAUUCACUGACAGUACGGUAUAGUAGGGGGGUCACAGUGCUGAGCAGGUCGUAUUCAUUCACUGACAGUACGGUAUAGUAGGGGGGUCACAGUGCUGAGCAGGUCGUAUUCAUUCACUGACAGUACGGUAUAGUAGGGGGUCACAGUGCUGAGCAGGUCGUAUUCAUUCACUGACAGUACGGUAUAGUAUGGGGUCACAGUGCUGAGCAGGUCGUAUUCAUUCACUGACAGUACGGUAUAGUAGGGGGGUCACAGUGCUGAGCAGGUCGUAUUCAUUCACUGACAGUACGGUAUAGUAGGGGGUCACAGUGCUGAGCAGGUCGUAUUCAUUCACUGACAGUACGGUAUAGUAGGGGGGUCACAGUGCUGAGCAGGUCGUAUUCAUUCACUGACAGUACGGUAUAGUAGGGGGGGUCACAGUGCUGAGCAGGUCGUAUUCAUUCACUGACAGUACGGUAUAGUAGGGGGGUCACAGUGCUGAGCAGGUCGUAUUCAUUCACUGACAGUACGGUAUAGUAGGGGGUCACAGUGCUGAGCAGGUCGUAUUCAUUCACUGACAGUACGGUACAGUAGGGGGGUCACAGUGCUGAGCAGGUCGUAUUCAUUCACUGACAGUACGGUAUAGUAGGGGGGGUCACAGUGCUGAGCAGGUCGUAUUCAUUCACUGACAGUACGGUAUAGUAGGGGGUCACAGUGCUGAGCAGGUCGUAUUCAUUCACUGACAGUACGGUAUAGUAGGGGGGUCACAGUGCUGAGCAGGUCGUAUUCAUUCACUGACAGUACGGUAUAGUAGGGGGGUCACAGUGCUGAGCAGGUCGUAUUCAUUCACUGACAGUACGGUACAGUAGGGGGGUCACAGUGCUGAGCAGGUCGUAUUCAUUCACUGACAGUACGGUAUAGUAGGGGGGUCACAGUGCUGAGCAGGUCGUAUUCAUUCACUGACAGUACGGUAUAGUAGGGGGUCACAGUGCUGAGCAGGUCGUAUUCAUUCACUGACAGUACGGUAUAGUAGGGGGGUCACAGUGCUGAGCAGGUCGUAUUCAUUCACUGACAGUACGGUAUAGUAGGGGGGUCACAGUGCUGAGCAGGUCGUAUUCAUUCACUGACAGUACGGUAUAGUAGGGGGUCACAGUGCUGAGCAGGUCGUAUUCAUUCACUGACAGUACGGUAUAGUAGGGGGGUCACAGUGCUGAGCAGGUCGUAUUCAUUCACUGACAGUACGGUAUAGUAGGGGGGUCACAGUGCUGAGCAGGACAGUCUGACCUGUGCGUUAUGACAAUAGGAAAGCUCUGAAUCAAUAAGACUCACAUCAGACGUCGGGGUAAUUUUCAGAUACUGUGUACAGUAUGGUCUUUUUAUCCACUAUAUUGGUUUGAGAGCUGGGAUUCACAAUUGGUAGUUUUCAGCUGCGUUCACUGACGGGGGGUUAUAUAGCUUUGGUAGAUCACAGAGUCGGGUAUGCUUCAGCUUUAUACUAUUACAGUAUGCUGCAUUCACUGACAGCACUGUUUUGAUUUGUGCGUUUAUGACAAUGGGGAAUUUGCGCUUUGUGACAUGGCUUGAGAACUGAGAGGCACGUCUUGCGCUUGGGUGAACCCUGGUCAUAUAUCCACUGUACAGUCGUGGUCAAAAGUUUUGAGAAUGACACACAUACUCAUUUUCACAAAGUCUGCUGCCUCAGUUUUGACGAUGUCAAUUUGCAUAUACUUCAGAAUGUCAUGAAGAGUGAUCAGAUGAAUUGCAAUUAAUUGCAAAGUCCCUCUUUGCCAUGAAAAUGAACUUAAUUCCAAAAAAAAGAUUUCCACUGCAUUUCAGCCCUGCCACAAAAGGACCAGCUGCCAUCAUUUCAGUGAUUCUCUCGUUAACACAGGUGAGAGUGUUGACGAGGACAAGGCUGGAGAUCACUCUGUCAUGCUGAUUGAGUUAGAAUAACAGACUGGAAGCUUUAAAAGGAGGGUGGUGCAUGAAAUCAUUGUUCUUCCUCUGUUAACCAUGGUUACCUGCAAGGAAACAUGUGCCGUCAUCAUUGCUUUGCACAAAAAGGGCUUCACAGGCAAGGAUAUUGUUGCUAGUAAGAUUGCACCUAAAUCAACCAUUUAUCGGAUCAUCAAGAACUUCAAGGAGAGAGGGUCAAUUGUUGUGAAGAAGGCGUCAGGGCGCCCAAGAAAGUCCAGCAAGCGCCAGGACCACCUCCUAAAGUUGAUUCAGCUGCAGGAUCGGGGCACCACCAGUGCAGAGCUUGCUCGGGAAUGGCAGCAGGCAGGUGUGAGUGCAUCUGCACACACAGUGAGGCGAAUACUUUUGGAGGAUGGCCUGGUGUCAAGAAGGGCAGCAAAGAAGCCACUUCUCUCCAGGAAAAACAUCAGGGACAGACUGAUAUUCUGCAAAGGGUACAGGGAUUGGACUGCUGAGGACUGGGGUAAAGUCAUUUUCUCUGAUGAAUCCCCUUUCCGAUUGUUUGGGGCAUCCGGAAAACACCUUGUCCAGAGAAGACAAGGUGAGCGCUACCAUCAGUCCUGUGUCAUGCCAACAGUAAAGCAUCCUGAGACCAUUCAUGUGUGGGGUUGCUUCUCAGCCAAGGGAGUCGGCUCACUCACAAUUUUGCCUAAGAACACAGCCAUGAAUAAAGAAUGGUACCAACACAUCCUCCGAGAGCAACUUCUCCCAACCAUCCAAGAACAGUUUGGUGACGACGAAUGCCUUUUCCAGCAUGAUGGCUCGGGGAUCAAAACAUUGACAUUUUGGGCCCAUGACCAGGAAACUCCCCAGACCUUAAUCCCAUUGAGAACUUGUGGUCGAUCCUCAAGAGGCGGGCGUACAAACAAAAACCCACAAAUUCAGACAAAAUCCAAGCAUUGAUUAUGCAAGAAUAGGCUGCCAUCAGUCAGGAUGUGGCCCAGAAGUUAAUUGACAGCAUUGCCAGUGCGGAUUGCAGAAGUCUUGAAAAAGAAGGGUCAACACUGAAAAUAUUGACUCUUUGCAUAACCUUCAUGUAGUUGUCAAUAAAAGCAUUUGACACUUAUGGAAUGCUUGUAAUUAUACUUCAAUAUACCAUAGUAACAUCUGACAAAAAUAUCUCAUAACACUGAAGCAGCGAACUUUUGUGAAGACCAAUACUUGUGUCAUUCUCAAAACGUUUGACCCUGGUCUUAUAUCCAUCGUAUUGCUUUGAGAACCAAGACUUGUGGCGCAAACCGAUUUUUGUUUCGCUGUUGUGUCUGAGUCUAGAUCCUACAGUAUCUUGGGACUUGUUCUCACCUCGUCACCCUGACGCUCGCUGAACGCACAUUAUCUGAUCCGUCUGUAGGCUACGCGGGCGGCAGGCUACCGAACAUGUAUUUGAUCUAUUGCACAGCUGAUUCAACAUGUCAAUCAAUUCAUCAAGUCCUUGACCAGGGUAACCAGGGGAGCUAGUUCAGGGCUAGGGGUAAUAGACCAGGGUAACCAGGGGAGCUAGUUCAGGGCUAGGGGUAAUAGACCAGGGUAACCAGGGGAGCUAGUUCAGGGCUAGGGGUAAUAGACCAGGGUAACCAGGGGAGCUAGUUCAGGGCUAGGGGUAAUAGACCAGGGUAACCAGGGGAGCUAGUUCAGGGCUAGGGGUAAUAGACCAGGGUAACCAGGGGAGCUAGUUCAGGGCUAGGGGUAAUAGACCAGGGUAACCAGGGGAGCUAGUUCAGGGCUAGGGGUAAUAGACCAGGGUAACCAGGGGAGCUAGUUCAGGGCUAGGGGUAAUAGACCAGGGUAACCAGGGGAGCUAGUUCAGGGCUAGGGGUAAUAGACCAGGGUAACCAGGGGAGCUAGUUCAGGGCUAGGGGUAAUAGACCAGGGUAACCAGGGGAGCUAGUUCAGGGCUAGGGGUAAUAGACCAGGGUAACCAGGGGAGCUAGUUCAGGGCUAGGGGUAAUAGACCAGGGUAACCAGGGGAGCUAGUUCAGGGCUAGGGGUAAUAGACCAGGGUAACCAGGGGAGCUAGUUCAGGGCUAGGGGUAAUAGACCAGGGUAACCAGGGGAGCUAGUUCAGGGCUAGGGGUAAUAGACCAGGGUAACCAGGGGAGCUAGUUCAGGGCUAGGGGUAAUAGACCAGGGUAACCAGGGGAGCUAGUUCAGGGCUAGGGGUAAUAGACCAGGGUAACCAGGGGAGCUAGUUCAGGGCUAGGGGUAAUAGACCAGGGUAACCAGGGGAGCUAGUUCAGGGCUAGGGGUAAUAGACCAGGGUAACCAGGGGAGCUAGUUCAGGGCUAGGGGUAAUAGACCAGGGUAACCAGGGGAGCUAGUUCAGGGCUAGGGGUAAUAGACCAGGGUAACCAGGGGAGCUAGUUCAGGGCUACAACCAGGGUAAUAGAAAGAGAAGCCAUUCAGGUCCCAAAUGGCACCCUAUUCCCUAUAUAUAUAGUGCAGGUCAAAAGUACAGUGGCUUGCGAAAGUAUUCACCCCCCCUUGGCAUUUUUCCUAUUUUGUUGCCUUACAACCUGGAAUUAAAAUGGAUUUUUGGGGGGUUUGUAUCAUUUGAUUUACACAACAUGCCUACCACUUUGAAGAUGCAAAAUAUUUUUUAUUGUGAAACAAACAAGAAGUAAGACAAAAAAACUGAAAACUUGAGCGUGCAUAACUAUUCACCCCUCCAAAAUCAAUACUUUGUAGAGCCACCUUUUGCAGCAAUUACAGCUGCAAGUCUCUUGGGGUAUGUCUCUAUAAGCUUGGCACAUCUAGCCACUGGGAUUUUUGCCCAUUCUUCAAGGCAAAACUGCUCAAGCUCCUUCAAGUUGGAUGGGUUCCGCUGGUGUAGAGCAAUCUUUAAGUCCCAGUCUCUGCCGAUGGAAAAACAUGGAUGGUGUUCUCGGGUGAUGAGCGGUGUUGGAUUUGCGCCAGACAUAGCGUUUUCCUUGAUGGCCAAAAAGCUCAAUUUUAGUCUCAUCUGACCAGAGUACCUUCUUCCAUAUGUUUGGGGAGUCUCCCACAUGCCUUUUGGUGAACACCAAACUUGUUUGCUUAUUUUAUUUUUUUAAGCAAUGGCUUUUUUCUGCCCACUCUUCCGUAAAGCCCAGCUCUGUGGAGUGUACGGCUUAAAGUGGUCCUAUGGACAGAUACUCCAAUCUCCGCUGUGGAGCUUUGCAGCUCCUUCAGGGUUAUCUUUGGUCUCUUUGUUGCCUCUCUGAUUAAUGACCUCCUUGCCUGGUCCGUGAGUUUUGGUGGGCGGCCCUCUCUUGGCAGGUUUGUUGUGGUGCCAUAUUCUUUCCAUUUUUUAAUAAUGGAUUUAAUGGUGCUCCGUGGGAUGUUCAAAGUUUCGGAUAGUUUUUUAUAACCCAAACCUGAUUUGUACUUCUAUAUAUACUGAGAUCAUGUGACACUUAAAUUGCACACAGGUGGACUUUAUUUAACUAAUUAUGUGACUUCUGAAGGUAAUUGGUUGCACCAGAUCUUAUUUAGGGGCUUCAUAACAAAGGGGGUUAUGUUUUUCAUUUCAAUUCACCAAUUUUGACUAUUUUUGUGUAUGUCCAUUACAAAAUCCAUUUAAAUUACAGGUUGUAAUGCAACAAAAUAGGAAAAACGCCAAGGGGGAUGAAUUAUUUUGCAAGGCACUGUAGUGCACUAUAUAGGGAAUAUGGUCAGAAUUAGUUCACUAUAUAGGGAAUAGGAUGCCAUUUGGGACGUAUGCUAAGUCAGUGGUUCAGAGGUCAGACAUGAGCCCCAGUGGUAGUAGUAAGGUGAAGUUUCUCCAAGACCCUCAGGUCAGGACAAUAGAGGUCAGGACAAUAGAGGUCAGGACAAUAGAGGUCAGGACAAUAGAGGUCAGGGCAAUAGAGGUCAGGACAAUAGAGGUCAGGGCAAUAGAGGUCAGGGCAAUAGAGGUCAGGGCAAUAGAGGUCAGGACAAUAGAGGUCAGGGCAAUAGAGGUCAGGGCAAUAGAGGUCAGGGCAAUAGAGGUCAGGGCAAUAGAGGUCAGGGCAAUAGAGGUCAGGGCAAUAGAGGUCAGGGCAAUAGAGGUCAGGGCAAUAGAGGUCAGGGCUGAUCUACGGUGAGUUCUGUGUUUUCGAUCCUAAUGGUUAAGAUUGUGAUUUUAGGAGGGUAAGGGCUUUCCUCUCCAUCUUAAAUAAGCAGGGCUUUCCUCUCCAUCUUAAAUAAGCAUGCCCCGUUCAAAAAAUUCAGAACUAAGAACAGAUAUAGCCCCUGGUUCACCCCAGACUUGACUGCCCUUGACCAGCACAAAAACAUCCUGUGGCGUACUGCAUUAGCAUCGAACAGCCCCCGCGAUAUGCAACUUUUCAGGGAAGUCAGGAACCAAUAUACAUAAUCAGUUAGGAAAGCCAAGGCUAGCUUUUUCAAACAGAAAUUUGCAUCCUGUAGCACUAACUCCAAAAAGUUUUGGGACACUGUAAAGUCCAUGGAGAAUAAGAGCACCUCCUCCCAGCUACCCACUGCACUGAGGCUAGGAAACAUUGUCACCACUGAUAAAUCUACGAUAAUCGAGAAUUUCAAUAAGCAUUUUGCUACGGCUGGCCAUGCUUUCCACCUGGCUACCCCUACCCCGGCCACCAGCUCUGCACCCUCCGCUGCAACUUGCCCAUGCCCCCCCCCCCCCCCCCCCCCCCCCCCCCGCUUCGACUUCACCCAAAUUCAGAUAGCUGAUGUCCUGAAAGAGCUGCAAAAUCUGGACCCCUACAAAUCAGCUGGGCUAGACAAUCUGGACCCUUUCUUUCUAAAAUUAGCCGCCGAAAUUGGCGUAACCCCUAUUACUAGCCUGUUCAAUCUCUCUUUCGUAUCGUCUGAGAUCCCCAGAGAUUGGAAAGCUGCCGCGGUCAUCCCCCUCUUCAAAGGGGGUGACACUCUAGAUCCAAACUGUUACAGACCUAUAUCCAUCCUGCCCUGCCUUUCGAAAGUAUUUCAAAGCCAAGUUAAAAAAUACUCUAAGGCAGAGGUGGUCCACUAUUUUUAUAUUUUAUUUAAAUCCGGGGAAAUUAGCGACUGCGAUGGUGGUCCUCAAGAGGUUUUGACUGUGAUUUGGUGGUCCCCGGAACAGAAAAUGUUUGGAACCGCUUCUCUAAGGGCCUCUUCUCACCAUGGCCAGAUAAUAUUAGGUAGUUCAGUUGCCCUGCAUGUGGGCAUUAGUGUUGAGGAGUCAUGUAGCUAGAUGUUAGUGCUGUUAGCAUUAACCCACAUUUCAGUUAUUUUUUGGGUUUUGAACAACUAAUUGAGCGACGUCGGAUCAAUUAUUUGAAUUCCAUUUCAUUCUGGGGUUUUCUGUGAGCUCAAUGUGCACAUUGCACAGUUUCUCUAGAGAUGAAUCCGAUCAAGCCCGAACAAACCUUUUUUAUUUUUUUACUUAUUGUUUUUUUGUGAUGUGUUUUUUUAAUUAAAUUGUUUUAUCUGUAUUGUUUGCUAUCACUUGUUUUCUUUGGUGCAAAUAAAUACAUAAACUGUACGGUGUAUUAGGGAGUUGUUGUUUCCAACAGGCCAAUAUUCUACAUGGUUUAGUGCAGAAAACAUGGUAAUUAACUACAAUGACCAUAAUCCAUAGCGUGCCUACUUGUCAGGUCUGUGUUUCUAUAGGCCUGCUACAUUAGGUUAGUGUGGGGCAGACACUGAGAUAGAGAGCAGUUGCUUCGCGAGGUAUCUCUUCCUGAACAUACAUUAUCUAAAUGAUUGAUAGUUGGUCUUCAGCAGUCAUAAAAGUAUGGAAGUAGAGAAAGUAGUAAAGAAAGUAGUUUUGGGGAUAAGACUGAUAAAACAUAGUCAUACUGGAUUUUUUUUCCUCCGUCUAUUUAAUGACUAAACACUGUCUCUUCAAUGACUAAACACUGUCUCUUCAAUGACUAAGCACUGUCUCUUCAAUGACUAAGCACUGUCUCUUCAAUCAAUGACUAAGCACUGUCUCUUCAAUGACUAAACACUGUCUCUUCAAUGACUAAGCACUGUCUCUUCAAUGACUAAGCACUGUCUCUUCAAUGACUAAGCACUGUCUCUUCAAUGACUAAGCACUGUCUUCAAUCAAUGACUAAGCACUGUCUCUUCAAUGACUAAGCACUGUCUCUUCAAUGACUAAACACUGUCUCUUCAAUGACUAAGCACUGUCUCUUCAAUGACUAAACACUGUCUCUUCAAUGACUAAACACUGUCUCUUCAAUGACUAAGCACUGUCUCUUCAAUGACUAAACACUGUCUCUUCAGUCUCUUCAAUGACUAAACACUGUCUCGUCAAUGACUAAACACUGUCUCGUCAAUGACUAAACACUGUCUCGUCAAUGACUAAACACUGUCUCUUCAAUGACUAAGCACUGUCUCUUCAAUGACUAAGCACUGUCUCUUCAAUGACUAAACACUGUCUCUUCAGUCUCUUCAAUGACCAAGCACUGUCUCUUCAAUGACUAAACACUGUCUCUUCAAUGACUAAACACUGUCUCUUCAAUGACUAAACACUGUCUCUUCAAUGACUAAACACUGUCUCUUCAGUCUCUUCAAUGACUAAGCACUGUCUCUUCAAUGACUAAACACUGUCUCUUCAAUGACUAAACACUGUCUCUUCAAUGACUAAGCACUGUCUCUUCAAUCAAUGACUAAACACUGUCUCUUCAAUCAAUGACUAAACACUGUCUCUUCAAUGACUAAACACUGUCUCUUCAAUGACUAAACACUCUCUUCAAUCAAUGACUAAGCACUGUCUCUUCAAUGACUAAGCACUGUCUCUUCAAUGACUAAACACUGUCUCUUCAAUGACUAAACACUGUCUCUUCAAUGACUAAGCACUGUCUCUUCAAUGACUAAACACUGUCUCUUCAAUGACUAAACACUGUCUCUUCAAUGACUAAGCCACUGUCUCUUCAAUGACUAAACACUGUCUCUUCAGUCUCUUCCAAUGACUAAACACUGUCUCUCCAUGACUAACACUGUCUCUUCAAUGACUAAACACUGUCUCUUCAAUGACUAAGCACUGUCUCUUCAAUCAAUGACUAAACACUGUCUCUUCAAUGACUAAACACUGUCUCUUCAAUGACUAAACACUGUCUCUUCAAUGACUAAACACUGUCUCUUCAAUGACUAAGCACUGUCUCUUCAAUGACUAAGCACUGUCUCUUCAAUGACUAAACACUGUCUCUUUCAAUGACUAACACUGUCUCUUCAAUGACUAAGCACUGUCUCUUCAAUGACUAAGCACUGUCUCUUCAAUGACCUAAAACACUGUCUCUUCAGUCUCUUCAAUGGACCAAGCACUGUCUCUUCAAUGACUAAACACUGUCUCUUCAAUGACUAAACACUGUCUCUUCAAUGACUAAGCACUGUCUCUUCAAUGACUAAACACUGUCUCUUCAAUGACUAAACACUGUCUCUUCAGUCUCUUCAAUGACUAAGCACUGUCUCUUCAAUGACUAAACACUGUCUCUUCAAUGACUAAACACUGUCUCUUCAAUGACUAAGCACUGUCUCUUCAAUCAAUGACUAAACACUGUCUCUUCAAUCAAUGACUAAACACUGUCUCUUCAAUGACUAAACACUGUCUCUUCAAUGACUAAACACUGUCUCUUCAAUGACUAAACACUCUCUUCAAUCAAUGACUAAGCACUGUCUCUUCAAUGACUAAGCACUGUCUCUUCAAUGACUAAGCACUGUCUCUUCAAUGACUAAACACUGUCUCUUCAAUGACUAAGCACUGUCUCUUCAAUGACUAAACACUGUCUCUUCAAUGACUAAACACUGUCUCUUCAAUGACUAAACACUGUCUCUUCAAUGACUAAACACUGUCUCUUCAAUGACUAAACACUGUCUCUUCAAUGACUAAACACUGUCUCUUCAGUCUCUUCAAUGACUAAACACUGUCUCUUCAAUGACUAAACACUGUCUCUUCAAUGACUAAACACUGUCUCUUCAAUGACUAAGCACUGUCUCUUCAAUCAAUGACUAAACACUGUCUCUUCAAUGACUAAACACUGUCUCUUCAAUGACUAAACACUGUCUCUUCAAUGACUAAACACUGUCUCUUCAAUGACUAAGCACUGUCUCUUCAAUGACUAAGCACUGUCUCUUCAAUGACUAAACACUGUCUCUUCAAUGACUAAACACUGUCUCUUCAAUGACUAAACACUGUCUCUUCAAUGACUAAACACUGUCUCUUCAAUGACUAAGCACUGUCUCUUCAAUGACUAAACACUGUCUCUUCAGUCUCUUCAAUGACUAAACACUGUCUCUUCAAUGACUAAACACUGUCUCUUCAAUGACUAAACACUGUCUCUUCAAUGACUAAACACUGUCUCUUCAAUGACUAAGCACUGUCUCUUCAAUGACUAAACACUGUCUCUUCAAUGACUAAAACACUGUCUCUUCAAUGACUAAACCUGUCUCUCUAUUCUUUCAAUGACUAAACACUGUCUCUUCAAUGACUAAACACUGUCUCUUCAAUGACUAAACACUGUCUCUUCAAUGACUAAACACUGUCUCUUCAAUGACUAAACACUGUCUCUUCAAUGACUAAGCACUGUCUCUUCAAUGACUAAACACUGUCUCUUCAAUGACUAAGCACUGUCUCUUCAAUGACUAAACACUGUCUCUUCAAUGACUAAACACUUUAAUUCUGUUUCCUUUCUGUCAGUGACAUACCAACAACACGUACUAAACAGACACUUACUCACCUAGCUACCUUAAGAUGCACUAAUAACUAAUGGAUACAUUCUGGAUAAGAGUGUCUGCUAAAUGACAGAAAUGUACACAUUUAAAAUGUAGAGAAAUGUCUCCUAAUGAAGCCUCAAUCACUAAACCCUGUUGGUGUUUCCUUUCUCCCCUGCGGUAGUUUGAGGAAGACCUGUCGUCAACCAGGUCAUCAACCAGUCGCCUGUCAAUCAAGUCUCCACUGAGGGGAGUCAAGAAGCUGAAGAAUAUGCAGUGUAAAAUCACCCUGCUAGAUGGCUCCGAUUACACCAUGACGGUGGAUGUGAGUACAGGGGGAGGGGGAGGAGGAGGAGGAGGAGGAGGAGGAGGAGGAGGAGGAGGAGGAGGAGGAGGGGGGGGAGGGGAGAGGGGGAGGGGGGGAGGGGGAGGGGGAGGUUGCUACUAUCUGCCAUCCAUUCAUGGUGGAUGUGAGUGGACGAAAUUGUAAUAGCUCAUUUCAGAUUUGUAUCUCUCUCUCAAAUUAGACAGAUAAGAUGUAUGACAUUACUUUUCUGCCAUCAAGUUCCAGAAACCAUAAUCUCAAAUGGCAUACAGUAACAGCAACUUAGCUGCCAGUUCUGUCAGAUUCAUACAGUAACAGCAACUUAGCUUCCAGUUCUGUCAGAUUCAUACAGUAACAGCAACGUAGCUUCCAGUUCUGUCAGAUUCAUACAGUAACAGCAACUUAGCUUCCAGUUCUGUCAGAUUCAUACAGUAACAGCAACUUAGCUUCCAGUUCUGUCAGAUUCAUACAGUAACAGCAACGUAGCUUCCAGUUCUGUCAGAUUCAUACAGUAACAGCAACUUAGCUUCCAGUUCUGUCAGAUUCAUACAGUAACAGCAACUUAGCUUCCAGUUCUGUCAGAUUCAUACAGUAACAGCAACUUAGCUUCCAGUUCUGUCAGAUUCAUACAGUAACAGCAACGUAGCUUCCAGUUCUGUCAGAUUCAUACAGUAACAGCAACUUAGCUUCCAGUUCUGUCAGAUUCAUACAGCAACGUAGCUUCCAGUUCUGUCAGAUUCAUACAGUAACAGCAACUUAGCCUCCAGUUCUGUCAGAUUCAUACAGUAACAGCAACUUAGCCUCCAGUUCUGUCAGAUUCAUACAGUAACAGCAACUUAGCCUCCAGUUCUGUCAGAUUCAUACAGUAACAGCAACUUGGCUUCCAGUUCUGUCAGAUUCAUACAGUAACAGCAACGUAGCUUCCAGUUCUGUCAGAUUCAUACAGUAACAGCAGCUUAGCUUCCAGUUCUGUCAGAUUCAUACAGCAACUUAGCUUCCAGUUCUGUCAGAUUCAUACAGCAACUUAGCUUCCAGUUCUGUCAGAUUCAUACAGUAAAAGCAACUUAGCUUCCAGUUCUGUCAGAUUCAUACAGCAACUUAGCUUCCAGUUCUGUCAGAUUCAUACAGCAACUUAGCUUCCAGUUCUGUCAGAUUCAUACAGCAACUUAGCUUCCAGUUAUGUCAGAUUCAUACAGCAACUUAGCUUCCAGUUCUGUCAGGUUUAUACAGUUCUGAUAAGUUAGAGUUGUGUGAGUCAGACAUGCCAAGGACUCAACGCUCCUUCCACCCAAACAAACCCAAAUCUCCUUUAGCCGGAUAGAGGAUAGAGCCCGAGGGGGGGGGGAAUGAGGAGGCGGGGGGGGGUAGAUUAGCCCUGUGUUUGGGUUGGGGCUUUGGAACAGGAGCGGUUUGUGUGGUUUUGUAGGGGGGGUUUAGGAACGGUUGUGUGUUUUGCGUUCGGGGCUUUGGAACGGGAGUGGUUGAGCAGUUUGUGUGUCUGUCUGUGUGUAGAGGAUCAGUGUCAUACUACUCACUGUGCUCAGCGUGAGUCACUCCCAAUCCUACUUUAGCCUCCUGCUGUGGACUGCCAGCACUUCUGAACAAUGUUCUAAUCUGGACGGGAUGUAGCCGUACAGGGAUUGGCGUAUGAGCUGGUUUGGGGGUCGUUUGGGGUAGACUGCAGUAACUGCUGGUGCUGUUUUUAAUUCUACGGCAAUUUAGAACUGUACAGUUGUUUGUUUUCUUGCUCUAUGUUGUGUUAUACCCGGACUGGUACAGUCAUUUAUGUUGUGUUAUACCCGGACUGGUACAGUCAUUGAUUGGCAGAUGUGUAAAGCAAAUGCACGCGCCCACAGGACAGUUAUUCGAGGUUGAGGGAAGGUGUGAGAGAGAGACGUCCACUCGAGCCCAGCCAUCCGUGAACUGGGACCACUUUAACACUGUGAUACAUUUUAGAACAUGACGUCAUAAUCAGAACACAAUCAGAAUGAUUGGGAGCUAUUUCACACUAGGAAGAUGUUUUACAUGACACCCUGCAGUGUGGUCUGUGGCUGGGUCAUUUAUUAGUGUCCAGGCCUCCCCUGCAUGAGAGAAGACCGUGAGGAGGGGAGAGAGCCUCCCGAGGAAUCUCCCUGGGUUGCCCCAUCUGUUUACAGACUUAUAUUACCCACUCUCUCCUUCAAUCCUCCUCCCUCCACCAGCCCCCGGCAGCCGCCGCCACCCCAGCGCCCCGGCAGCCGCCGCCCCCCACCAGCCCCCGGCAAACCGCCGCCCGCCACCAGCGCCCCGGCAAACCCGCCCGCCACCAGCGCCCCGGCAGCCCCAUCAGCGCCCACCCCAGCCGCCGCCCCCACCAUCCGCCGGCAAGCCCGCCCGCCACCAGCGCCCCGGAAGCGCCGCCCGCCACCAAGCCCGGGAAGCCGCCGCCCCCCACCAGCGCCCGGGAAGCGCGUCCCGACCAGCGCCCCCGGGAAGGCCGCCCCCGCACCAGCGCCCGUGAAGCCGCCGCCGCAACCAGCGCCCGGAAGCCGCGCCCGCCACCAGCGCCCGGUAAGCCCGCCCCCACCAUCGCCAGAAGCCCCCCGAGACAAGAACCGCCCCACCAUGCGCCCCUUGAAUCUUCCCGCCCAGCCCCGGUAAGCCGCCCCCGCCACCAUCUCCUUAAUCCCCUCCUCCACCAUCUCCCUUUAAUCCUCCUCCCUCCACCAUCUCCCUUUAAUCCUCCUCCUUCCACCAUCUCCCAUUUAAUCCUCUUCCCUCCACCAUCUCCCCUUUAAUCCUCCUCCCUCCACCAUCUCCCUUUAAUCCUCCUUAUGUCUCUGCAUCCAGUAUGAAGGAAGUUAAGAGGUAGUUUCACAAGCCAAUGCUAAUUAGUGUUAGCCCAAUUACUGGAAAUAUAUGGUAUCUACUACCAUGCUAGCAGUUACCAUAGACUUCCAGUCAUUGAGCUAACUGUAGUUAGCAGCUAGAUAGCAACUUCCUUCAAACUGCACGCAGAGAUAUAAAAAUUGUAUCCACAAGUUCAUCUGACUUGGAGGAAGUAGAUAAAGGGCUUCAUUGCAACAAUCCUGAAGUAUCCCUUUAAGGAUUCCAGCUUUAAAGCCAGCAGCGUUUCACACAGACAGAGAGGUUAGCUGGUUACAGGUUGGUUAAGGCCAGCAGCGUAUCACACAGACAGAGAGGUUAGCUGGUUACAGGUUGGUUAAGGCCAGCAGCAUAUCACACAGACAGAGAGGUUAGCUGGUUACAGGUUGGUUAAGGCCAGCAGCAUAUCACACAGACAGAGAGGUUAGCUGGUUACAGGUUGGUUAAGGCUAGCAGCAUAUCACACAGACAGAGAGGUUAGCUGGUUACAGGUUGGUUAAGGCCAGCAGCGUAUCACACAGACAGAGAGGUUAGCUGGUUACAGGUUGGUUAAGGCCAGCAGCAUAUCACACAGACAGAGAGGUUAGCUGGUUACAGGUUGGUUAAGGCCAGCAGCAUAUCACACAGACAGAGAGGUUAGCUGGUUACAGGUUGGUUAAGGCCACAGCGUUUCACACAGACAGAGAGGUUAACUGGUUACAGGUUGGUUAAGGCCAGCAGCAUAUCACCCAGACAGAGAGGUUAGCUGGUUACAGUUGGUUAAGGCCAGCAGCGUUUCACACGACAGAGAGGUUAGCUGGUUACAGGUUGGUUAAGGCCAGCAGCAUAUCACACAGACAGAGAGGUUAGCUGGUUACAGGUGGUUAAGGUAGCAGCAAUCACACGACGAGAGGUUACUGGUUACAGGUUGGUUAGGCUAGCAGCAUAUCACACAGACAGAGAGGUUUAGCUGGUUACAGGUUAGUUAAGGCCAGCAGAUAUCACACAGACAGAGAGGUUAGCUGGUUACAGGUUGGUUAAAGGGUAGCAGCAUAUCACACGACAGAGAGGUUGCUGGUUACAGGUUUUGGGUUUAAACCCAGACAGAGAGGUUAGCUGUUACAGGUUAGUUAAGGCUAGCAGCAUAUACACCGACAGAGAGGGUUUGCUGGUACAGGUUGGUUAAGGCUAGCAGCAUAUCACACAGGACAGGAGGGUUAGCUGGUUACAGGUUAGUUAGGCCCAGCAGCAUAUCACACAGACAGAGGGGUUAGCUGGUUACAGGUGGUUAAGCCACAGACAGCGAGGUUAGUGGUUACAGGUUGGUUAAGGCUAGCAGCAUAUAACACAGACAGAGAGUGUUAGCUGGUUACAGGUAGUUAAGGCUAGCAGCAUAUCACACAGACAGAGAGGUUAGCUGGUUACAGGUGGUUAAGCCACAGACAGAGAGGUUAGCUGUUACAGGUUGGUAAGGCUUAGCAGCAAUCACACAGACAGAGAGGUUAGCUGGUUACAGGUUGGUUAAGCCACAGACAGAGAGGUUAGCUGGUUACAGGUUGGUUAAGGCUAGCAGCAUAUCACACAGACAGAGAGGUUAGCUGGUUACAGGUUGGUUAAAAGCCAGCAGCAUAUCACACAGACAGAGAGUUAGCUGGUUACAGGUUGGUUUAAGGCCAGCAGCAAUAUCACACAGACAGAGGGGUUAGCUGGUUACGGUUGGUUAAGGCUAGCAGCAUAUCACACAGACAGAGAGGUUUAGCUGGUUACAGGGUUGGUUAAGGCUAGCAAGCAUAUCACACAGACAGAGAGGUUAGCUGGUUACAGGUUAGUUAAGGCUAGCAGCAUAUCACACAGACAGAGGGGUUAGCUGGUUACAGGUUAGUUAAGGCCAGCAGCAUAUCACACAGACAGAGGUUAGCUGGUUACAGGUUGGUUAAGGCUAGCAGCAUAUCACACAGACAGAGAGGUUAGCUGGUUACAGGUUGGUUAAGGCCAGCAGCAUAUCACACAGACAGAGAGGUUUAGCUGGUUACAGGUUAGUUAAGGCUAGCAGCAUAUCACACAGACAGAGAGGUUAGCUGGUUACAGGUUGGUUAAGGCCAGCAGCGUUUCACACAGACAGAGAGGUUAGCUGGUUACAGGUUGGUUAAGGCCAGCAGCAUAUCACACAGACAGAGAGGUUAGCUGGUUACAGGUUGGUUAAGGCCAGCAGCGUUUCACACAGACAGAGAGGUUAGCUGGUUACAGGUUGGUUAAGGCCAGCAGCAUAUCACACAGACAGAGAGGUUAGCUGGUUACAGGUUGGUUAAGGCUAGCAGCAUAUCACACAGACAGAGAGGUUAGCUGGUUACAGGUUGGUUAAGGCUAGCAGCAUAUCACACAGACAGAGAGGUUAGCUGGUUACAGGUUAGUUAAGGCCAGCAGCAUAUCACACAGACAGAGAGGUUAGCUGGUUACAGGUUGGUUAAGGCUAGCAGCAUAUCACACAGACAGAGAGGUUAGCUGAGUUUACAGGUUGGUUAAGGCUAGCAGCAUAUCACACAGACAGAGAGGUUAGCUGGUUACAGGUUAGUUAAGGCCAGCAGCAUAUCACACAGACAGAGGGGUUAGCUGGUUACAGGUUGGUUAAGCCACAGACAGAGAGGUUAGCUGGUUACAGGUUGGUUAAGGCUAGCAGCAUAUCACACAGACAGAGAGGUUAGCUGGUUACAGGUUAGUUAGGCUAGCAGCAGAUCACACAGACAGAGAGGUUAGCUGGUUACAGGUUAGUUUAAGGCCAGCAGCGUUUCACACAGACAGAGAGGUUAGCUGGUUACGGUUGGUUAAGGCUAGCAGCAUAUCACACAGACAGAGAGGUUAGCUGGUUACAGGUUAGUUAAGCCACAGACAGAGAGGUUAGCUGGUUACAGGUUGGUUAAGGCUAGCAGCAUAUCACACAGACAGAGAGGUUAGCUGGUUACAGGUUGGUUAAGCCACAGACAGAGAGGUUAGCUGGUGACAGGUUUGGUUAAGGCUAGCAGAUAUCACACAGAAAGAGAGGUUAGCUGGUUACAGGUUUGGUUGAAAGCCAGCAGCAUAUCACACAGACAGAGAGGUUAGCUUGGUUACAGGUUGGUUAAAGGCCAGCAGCAUAUCAAACACAGACAGAGAGGUUUAGCUGGUUACAGGUUGGUUAAGGCCAGCAGCAUAUCACCCAGACAGAGAGGUUAAGCUGGGUUACAGGUUGGUUCCCACAAAAGAGGUUAGCUGUUACAGGUGGUUAAGGGAGCCCGCUAUCACACCCGACAGAAGGUUAGCUGGUUACAGGUUUGUUAGGCUCACAUAUCACACAGCCCGAGAGGUUAGCUGGUACAGGUUAGUUAAGGCCAGCACGUUUCACACAGACAGAGAGGUUAGCUGGUUUCAGGUUUGUUAAGGCUAGCAGCUAUCACACAGACAGAGAGGUUAGCUGGUUUCGGUUGGUUAGGCAGCAGCAUAUCACACAGACAGAGAGGUUAGCUGGUUUCCAGGUUAGGUUAAGCCACAGACCGAGAGGUUAGCUGGUUCAGGUUGGUUAGGCUAGAAACAAUUCACACAGACAGAAAGGUUUGCUGUUACAGGUGGUAAAGCCACAGACAGAGAGUUUAGCUGGGUUUCAGGUUGGUUAAGGCUAGCAGAUAUCACACAGACAGAGAGGUUUAGCUGGUUACAGGUUGGUUAAAGCCAGCAGCAUAUCACACAGACAGAGAGGUUAGCUGGUUACAGGUUGGUUAAGGCCAGCAGCAUAUCACACAGACAGAGGGGUUAGCUGGUUACAGGUUGGUUAAGGCUAGCAGCAUAUCACACAGACAGAGAGGUUAGCUGGUUACAGGUUAGUUAAGCCACAGACAGAGGGGUUAGCUGGUUACAGGUUAGUUAAGGCUAGCAGCAUAUCACACAGACAGAGGUUAGCUGGUUACAGGUUGGUUAAGGCUAGCAGCUUUUCACACAGACAGAGAGGUUAGCUGGUUACAGGUUGGUUAAGGCUAGCAGCUUUUCACACAGACAGAGAGGUUAGCUGGUUACAGGUUGGUUAAGGCUAGCAGCAUAUCACACAGACAGAAGGGUUAGCUGGUUACAGGUUGGUUAAGGCUAGCAGCAUAUCACACAGACAGAGAGGUUAGCUGGUUACGGGUUGGUUAAGGCUAGCAGCUUUUCACACAUUGAGAACAUUGAGGUUAAACAAAGAGACUCAGUUCAUUGGUGGGAGUCUGUUUUAGACCAUUCCCAUUACUGUAGGAAGAAGACACCUCUCUCUCUUCUCUCUCUCUCGCUCUCUCUCUCUCUCGCCUCUGUCUCUCCGUUCUCUCUGUCUCUCUGCUCUCGCUGUCUCCUGUCUACUCUCGCUCUCUCUCUCUCUCUCGGUGGUAUCUCUCUCCUUCUGUGUCUCUCUGUCUCUGUCCUCCUGUCUCUCUCCUCUCUCUCUGUCUCUGUCCGCUGUCUCUUGUCUCUGUCUCUGUCCUCUGUCUCUGUCUCGCUCUCUCUGUCUCUUCUGUCUCUGUCUCUGUCUCUGUCCCUCUCUCUCUGUCUCUAAUCUCUCUCUCGUCUAUCCGCUAUCUCUCUCUAUCUCCCCUCCUCUCUGCUACUCUAUUAACUCUUCUAUCUCUCUGUCUCUCUCCCUCUUAUCCUCUCUCUCUCUCUCCUCUCUCUGUCCUCUUCCGGUCUUGUCCUCUGCCUCUCUGUCUCUGUCUCUGUCUCAUGUUCUCUGCUCUCUCUAUUCUCUCCUCUCUCUCUCUCUCUCUCUCUCUCUCUCUCUUCUCUCUCUCUUUCUGUCUCUCUCUUCUCUCUCUCUCUGUUCUCUCUCUCUCUCUCUCUCUCUGUCUCUGUCUCUGUCUCUGUCUCUGUCUCUGUCUCUGUCUCUCUCUCUCUCUCUCUCUCUCUCUCUCUCUGUCUCUCUCUCUGUCUCUGUCUCUCUGUCUCUCUCUCUCUCUCUCUGUCUCUCACUCACUCACUCACUCACUCACUGACGUGGUGUAAAGAUGCAAUCACUUACCCCAUGUGGGAGAAAUGUAUUCACUGUGAUCUUCCUUCGUCUGACUGAAGAGAAAUCACUUUCCCUCGUAGCUCGACCUUUUUUUAAAUCAACAUGCUGCUGUUUUUGCCUUGUUCUUAUUGCCGUAUCGAGGGGUGUUAUCGAGGAGUUGGUGUCGUUAAGUGUCUUUUGUACCUUGCUUAGUGGCUGUUUUCUUUUAAUAUGGGUUUUUGCUAUUGUAAUCCUGAGCGCCAAUCUCUUUAUUGACAAGCUCGGGUUUUCAUUGAACCUUUAAGAACAGCUAUGGGCGGGGAUCAGACUGAUUCAGAGCCCAAAUACAGUUAUAAUUACGUGAGCGCAGAAUCAUGUACCAGACCAGUUCCCAUUUCAUUUUGUCUAGAAAAAUAACACCAUCCUCAAUGUAGUGAAGUGUCACCAGUGGAGCUGUGUCGGGGUGCUGCUGUGGUGUGACUGUGUUGGGGUGACUGUGUUGGGGUGACUUUCUGAUUGUGCUAGGUUGAGGUUUGUGUUGGUGUGACAUCGCCUCUGUUUAGUAUCAGUCUGUCUGUGCUAACUGCCGGAAAGAUGUUGUUCCUGCUGGUAGAAGUGUCUGUCGUAGCAUCUUUAAAAGGCUUGUGAAUCACACACAAGCAUGUCAGAUGUAACUCGUAAACACAGGGAGGAAAGAGAGCAGAAUUAUGCCAGGGCUCUGGGGGAGUGUGGGGAGGGAGGAGGGGAGGGAGGAGGAGAAGGAGAGGGGAGGGAGAAGGAGAGGGGAGGAGGAGGUAGAUAACAGAGAGAGAAGAGGUAGAUAACAGAGAGAGAGAGUAGGAGAUGUCAGAACAGGAGAAGAGAGAUGACAGAUGUGGACUUCAGACCAGCAGGGAAGACGUCAGUGACAGGCUGUCUACAUAAUGUUUCACCCCUGCUCUUUGGUCAAUUAACUACAGUCUCUACAUUGAUCCCAGUUAGCUGCACUGUAAUGGUGUUGUUCGCUGAAGAACAAAUAGUAAUCAAGGUCAAAACUCGAUUUUUAACUACAGAUCAUUUUUUUUCCAAUUAAGAUCAACUAGAGACAGGCAUACUACUUGUAAAGAAGCAAUGUAUUGGGUAUGCAUUCUAAGUUAUAUGCUGGUGUAGUAGACAUUAGUCUGGCUCAUGGUCUCGUGAUGAGGUAGCCCCAAGGGAUUUUCCUCAUGGUCUAAUGGAUGAUGUUGUUUUCUCCCGUGGGGGACCCGGGUUCAGAUCCCGCACCCUGACUGUGGAACAUGUCGGGGUGCUUUCCAACAGUGUGAACUCUGACCCCUGUUGAAUAACUGCUCUGUGUGUGUGUCUCCAGAAACGAGCCAGAGGCCAGGUGCUGUUUGCCAAGGUGUGUGACCAUCUGAACCUGCUGGAGACGGACUACUUUGGCAUCACGUACCGCGACGUGGAGAACCAGAAGGUAGAGGAAGAGACUCAUCAAAGAUGUCUGGCUGUGGUCUGUCUGUCUGUCUGUCGGUCUGUCUGUCUGUCAGGUCUGUCUGGGGUCUAUCUGUCUGUUGUCUGUCAGUAGUGGUCUGUCUGUCUGUCUGGGGUCUGUCUGUCUGGGGUCUGUCUGUUGUCUGUCAGUAGUGGUCUGGCUGUCUGGCUGUCUGGCAUCAUGUACCGCGACAUGGAGAACCAGAAGGUAGAGGAAGAGUAUUAUAUAUAAAUAUAUCCAGGGCCCUUUUUGUUUAUUCAGCAUCUCAGUGCUGAUCUAGGAUCACUUUUAUCUUUUAGAUCAUAAUGAAUAAGAUUGCGUAGACAGGGGGACCUGGUCCUAGAUCAGCACACCUACUGUGAGAUGUUUGUGAAUAUGGGCCCUGGUGUUGAUAGACUGAUAACAGUUCCCCCAGGGGAGUUUUCUUUCUUAGGGCAGUGGUAACGUGUCCUGGGGUUUAUUAUGGAUCCCCAUUAGUUCCUGCCAAGGCAGCAGCUACUCUUCCUGGGGUUUAUUAUGGAUCCCCAUUAGUUCCUGCCAAGGCAGCAGCUACUCUUCCUGGGGUUUAUUAUGGAUCCCCAUUAGUUCCUGCCAAGGCAGCAGCUACUCUUCCUGGGGUUUAUUAUAGAUCCCCAUUAGUUCCUGCCAAGGCUCUGGUUGCAGCUGCUUCUUCCUGGGGUUUAUUAUGGAUCCCCAUUAGUUCCUGCCAAGGCAGCAGCUACUCUUCCUGGGGUUUAUUAUGGAUCCCCAUUAGUUCCUGCCAAGGCAGCAGCUACUCUUCCUGGGGUUUAUUAUGGAUCCCCAUUAGUUCCUGCCAAGGCAGCAGCUACUCUUCCUGGGGGUUUAUUAUGGAUCCCCAUUAGUUCCUGCCAAGGCAGCAGCUACUCUUCCUGGGGUUUAUUUGGAUCCCCAUAGUUCCUGCCAAGGCAGCAGCUACUCUUCCUGGGGUUAUUAUGGUCCCCCUUAGUUCUGCCAAGGCAAGCAGCUGCUCUUCUGGGUUUAUUAUGGAUCCCCAUUAGUUCCUGCCAAGGCAGCAGCUGCUCUUCCUGGGGGUUUAUUAUGGAUCCCCAUUAGUUCUGCCAAGGCCCAGCAGCUACUCUUCCUGGGGUUUAUUAUGGAUCCCCAUUAGUUCUGCCAAGGCAGCAGCUUGCUCUUCCUGGGGUUUAUUAUGGAUCCCAUUAGUUCCGCCAAGGCAGCAGCUGCUCUUCCUGGGGUUUAUUAUGGAUCCCCAUUAGUUCCUGCCAAGGCAGCAGCUACUCUUCCUGGGGUUUAUUAUGGAUCCCCAUUAGUUCCUGCCAAGGCAGCAGCUACUCUUCCUGGGGUUUAUUAGGAUCCCCAUUAGUUCCUGCCAAGGCAGCAGGCUACUCUUCCUGGGGUUUAUUAUGGAUCCCCAUUAGUUCCCUGCCAAGGCAGCAAGCUACUCUUCCUGGGGUUUAUUAUGGAUCCCAUUAGUUCCUGCCAAGGCAGCAGCUACUCUUCCUGGGGUUUAUUAUGGAUCCCCAUUAGUUCCUGCCAAGGCAGCAGCUACUCUUCCUGGGUUUAUUAUGGAUCCCCAUUAGUUCCUGCCAAGGCAGCAGCUACUCUUCCUGGGGUUUAUUAUGGAUCCCCAUUAGUUCCUGCCAAGGCAGCAGCUACUCUUCCUGGGGUUUAUUAUGGAUCCCCAUUAGUUCCUGCCAAGGCAGCAGCUACUCUUCCUGGGGUUUAUUAUGGAUCCCCAUUAGUUCCUACCAAGGCAGCAGCUACUCUUCCUGGGGUCCAAACAUAUUAAAGCACUUACAGUACAUAUAAAACAAAAGAUAAAACAGUACAUCAUAUAACAUUAUUACACCACUACAUAUCUACAAUUCAACAUGUUUAAUACCACCAUACAACAAUAUCACAGUGUAUGUGUAUGUGUCUGUACCUUUUGUGUGUGUCUCUUCACAGUCCCCGUUGUUCCAUGAGGUGUGUUUUUACCUGUUUAAAAAAAAUCUGAUUCUACUGCUUGCAUCAGUUACCUGAUGUGGAAUAGAGUUCCAUGUAGUCAUGGCUCUAUGUAGUACUGUGCGCCUCCCAUAGUCUGUUCUGGACUUGGGGACUGUGAAGAGACCUCUGGUGGCAUGUCUUGUGGGGUCUGUGUGUUAGAUAAAUGGUCAUUCAUUGAUUUAAUGAAUAGAUCAUUGCUAAUUUGCCUCUCUCUCCAGAACUGGCUGGACCCUAACAAGGAACUGAAGAAGCAGAUAAGGAGUGAGUUGUCCGAUAAAUACGGCACUAUACUAUACUACACUACACUAUACUACACUAUACUACACUAUACUACACUACAAUAUACUACACUACUCUAUACUACACUACAUCUAUACUAUACUACACUACAUCUAUACUACACUAUACUAUACUACACUACACUACACUACUCUAUACUGCACUGCGGUUCAACCCUAUCUUCUGUUCAUGUACUAAUAGCCCUGUUGAGUCAUUAGCAUGAUGAAACACUUUAAGAGGCAACAACUGAACUUGAUCGUGGUUGGACGUUGUGUAAUUGUGCUGUUUCCCAUGCUAGAAUCAACACCUUGUAGGGGAUUCACUGCUGUUCACCGGGCCUCUUUUUAAAUCCCAGUUCAUCUAGCAGAUGUUUGCAUUAUAUUCUGAUUCUAUGCUUUAUUGUUCUGCAGCUGGCCCCUGGAACUUUGCCUUCAGCGUCAAGUUCUACCCCCCAGACCCUGCACAGCUGUCUGAAGACAUUACCAGGUAAGCUGAAUGGAGCGACUGCGUUCUCUAAGCCUCUGAAAUACAGUAUUUGCUAUUUAUGGUAUAAUACUGUCAUACUGGCAUCUCCCACUCUCACCUGGAAUCUGUUUAUUUCUAUAUAGUCGGUUGGGCUAUAGAGAAGCAGAUAUAUAGAUAUGAUAUUGUAAUUCUCUAUCUGUAUAGAGAUAGUAUCUUUAUACUAUCUUUUAUCGUCUGAGUCUAAUGGUAGAUAUAGUCCUAUCAUUAGUUGACUGCUCUAGAUCUCUCUGCGAUCUAUAUCUAUCUGCUAUCGUAUUCUUUUAUACGAUAGUAUAAUCUCAUUUGAUAUUCUUCUAUCGUGCUCGUCUUACAUCUCCUAUGAUCUCUAUAGUCUCUCUUCUACUGUCUUUCUCUCUCUAUUCUGUCUGUCUCUUUUCUCCUUCUUCUCUUCUCCUCUAUCUCUACUCCCAUCAUCUCUCUAUCUUGUCUCUCUCCUUCUGUCUCUGUCUCUCUCUCUCUCUCUCUCCUCUCUGCCUCUCUCUCUCCAUCCCCCCCUCCCCCCCCCCCCUCCCCCCCAGGGUACUACCUGUGUCUCCAGCUGCGUGAUGACAUGGUAUCUGGUCGUCUCCCCUGUUCCUUUGCCACCCACACCUUACUGGGCUCCUACACGGUCCAGUCAGAGCUGGGGGACUACGACCCCGAGGAGACGGAGUACGACAGUGAGCUCCGCUUCGCUCCCAACCACACCAAGGAACUAGAGGACAAGGUCAUGGACCUACACAAGAACUACAAGUAUGUCCGGCUAUAGAUUAUCUAUAAAUCGAGCUAUCUAUAAGUCUGUCUGUCUGUCUGGAGGACAAGGUCAUGGACCUACACAAGAACUACAAAUAUGUCCGGCUAUACGUUAUAGAUCCAUACGUCUAUCUGUCUGCCUGUGUCUGUACCCAUUUUAGCUCAUUCUCUGAUAACUAGCAUGUUCUUUAUUAUAUAGUAAUAGAGAACAUCUCUGAACCCCAUAGUUACAGGACAAGGAGUGUAAUAGAGAACAUCUCUGAACCCCAUAGUUACAGGACACGGAGUGUAAUAGAGAACAUCUCUGAACCCCAUAGUUACAGGACAAGGAGUGUAAUAGAGAACAUCUCAGAACCCCAUAGUUACAGGACUAGGAGUGUAAUAGAGAACAUCUCUGAACCCCAUAGUUACAGGACAAGGAGUGUAAUAGAGAACAACUCUGAACCCCAUAGUUACAGGACUAGGAGUGUAAUAGAGAACAUCUCUGAACCCCAUAGUUACAGGACUAGGAGUGUAAUAGAGAACAUCUCUGAACCCCAUAGUUACAGGACUAGGAGUGUAAUAGAGAACAUCUCUGAACCCCAUAGUUACAGGACUAGGAGUGUAAUAGAGAACAUCUCUGAACCCCAUAGUUACAGGACACGGAGCUCAGCCUCUACCUCUACUGAUCUUAUGCCUGAUGUCUGUUUUCAGAGGGAUGACGCCAGCUGAAGCAGAGUUGCACUUUCUGGAGAAUGCCAAGAAACUGUCCAUGUAUGGGGUAGACCUCCAUCACGCUAAGGUACACACACACACCACACACACACACACACACAUACACUACACACACACACCUACCUACACCACACACACACCAAACACAGAUACACACAAACACACCGAACACACACGCCUACAUACACAUACACACCCACAUACCCACACACUUACAUAUACCACACACACACACACAUACAUACACUACACACACACACCUACCUACACCACACACACACCAAACACAGAUACACACAAACACACCGAACACACACGCCUACAUACACAUACACACCCACAUACCCACACACUUACAUAUACCACACACACACACCAUACACACACUGUCACACACACACACACACACACACACACACACACACACACACACACAUACACAUGUGAAUUAAAUCCUCUGAGCUAUAAUAUAUCUCCCCAUAUUACAGUGUACAUGGGAAAGUUCUGUUUUCACUUCACUGCUUUUGUCAGAGGCACUCUGCUAAUCCUUCCAAUGCACCGCUGCUGUCUCAGUGACGUCAGUACCAUGCUUAACACCAACACUGGGCUGUUACUUCAAAUGUCUGGAUGUGCUGGGCAGCCAACUGCCACUGCUCUAGCUGGACUGCUGACUGACUGUUCCCAUCUCUGCUAGCUUCACUGUCUCCAUGAGGCUCUGCCUUAGCAGGACUGCUGACUGACUGUUACCAUCUCUGCUAGCUUCACUGUCUCCAUGAGGCUCUGCCUUAGCAGGACUGCUGACUGACUGUUCCCAUCUCUGCUAGCUUCACUGUCUCCAUGAGGCUCUGCCUUAGCAGGACUGCUGACUGACCGUUACCAUCUCUGCUAGCUUCACUGAUUCCAUGAGGCUCUGCCUUAGCAGGACUGCUGACUGACUGUUACCAUCUCUGCUAGCUUCACUGUCUCCAUGAGGCUCUGCUCUAGCUGGACUGCUGACUGACCGUUACCAUCUCUGCUAGCUUCACUGUCUCCAUGAGGCUCUGCCUUAGCAGGACUGCUGACUGACCGUUACCAUCUCUGCUAGCUUCACUGAUUCCAUGAGGCUCUGCCUUAGCAGGACUGCUGACUGACCGUUACCAUCUCUGCUAGCUUCACUGACUCCAUGAGGCUCUGCCUUGGAUUGGCCUGACUUGGCUCCCUUGAGGAGAUUCUGUAGGAUAAUCUCCUCUGUCUUAAUGACGUGUUUGAUUUGAUUAAUCUCAUUGGGCAGACAGACCGCUGGAGAGAGAGAGACAGUCAGAUAGAUAGUCAGACAGGCAGACAAAGAGACGGACAGACAGACAGACUGAUUUAGAGAGAGACAGACAGAUGGAGAGACAGACAGACAGACAGACAGACAGACAGACAGACAGACUGAUGUAGGGAGAGACAGACUGAGAGACAGAGAGUGACAGACAGACAGAUAGAGAGACAGACAGACAGACGGAGAGAGACAGAUAGAGAGAGACAGACAGACAGACAGACAGACAGACAGACAGACAGACAGACAGACAGACAGACAGACAGACAGACAGACAGACGGAGAGAGACAGACAGACAGAUAGAGACAGACAGACAGAUAGAGACAGACAGACAGACAGAUAGAGACAGACGGAUAGAGACAGACAGACAGACAGACAGACCAGGCCAGCAGCAGCAGAUUACCAGGAUAACACACCACUCAUUUCAACACAUUGAAACCGUCACUGUUAAUCCCGAUGGCAGAUACUGUCUGUUAUCACAAGCACUUUGAACAGUGAAAUUAUCCCAUCUAGGUGAGACCGAUAAAGAUGAUGGUCCGUUCAAAGAGUCAACGAAGGAGGAAUGAGGUUGCCUAGUGCACUUUGAAUACAGAUUUGUUUAGUCGAUAAUAUUCCAUUUGACUAGUUGAAUCAGAUCAGAGUCAGCAUUUGUUGUGUUCUCUCUCCUCUCAUUAAACCACCUGGCUAGUUGGUAGGAAGCCUGUUUGAGUGUUUGGCUGCAGCGAAAGGGGAGGUAAGAGGCUGCUGCAUCGUGUGGUGUGUUUCUGUGUUUGUUUAAUGCACGGCUUAGCGGUCAUCAUGCUAGCUUGUGGCUUGUUUUACCCAUCAUCACUCUCCAUUGCUAAGUGGAACGUAAUGUUUCCCACUUUCCUCCUCAGACCCUAGACACACCCCCUCCCUUACAUCAUGUAGAGUAGGAGAUGCCCGUUAUCCUCCUGGCUGACUGUCCAUAGCCAUUUACCAUCAGAACCCUUGCCAAUGCUUGUCCCAUACUGGACCAUUCCUCCCUCCACAGCUGUAGUGUGUGGAGAAGAAUCACUGUCUUCCUGACGUUGUGAUUCUGUGAAUAUUUUCUAUGACUCCUUUGUGAAGUGGUUUUGAUGGCGUACUGGAACUCAUUCAUUGUAUACUAAUCGGGUGCGUUGCAGGACUCUGAAGGCAUAGAGAUCAUGCUAGGAGUGUGCUCCAGUGGUCUCCUCAUCUACAGAGACCGACUGAGAAUCAACCGCUUCGCCUGGCCCAAGGUCCUCAAGAUCUCCUACAAGAGAAACAACUUCUACAUCAAGAUACGCCCCGGAGAGGUAAACACACCAACAACAACAACAACAACAACUGUGUAUCUGUUACAAACCGGGUCAGGAGUUUUACCAUGUGACCUGACCAGGAGAAACUAUGGCCUGGGGCCUAGUCAGACUACCCUAUGGCCUGGGGCCUAGUCAGACUACUCUAUGGCCUGGGGCCUAGUCAGACUACCCUAUGGCCUGGGGCCUAGACAGACUACUCUAUGGCCUGGGGCCUAGUCAGACUACUCUAUGGCCUGGGGCCUAGUCAGGCUACUCUAUGGCCUGGGGCCUAGUCAGACUACCCUGGGGCCUAGUCAGACUACUCUAUGGCCUGGGGCCUAGUCAGACUACCCUGGGGCCUAGUCAGACUACCCUAUGGCCUGGGGCCUAGUCAGACUACUCUAUGGCCUGGGGCCUAGUCAGACUACCCUGGGGCCUAGUCAGACUACCCUAUGGCCUGGGGCCUAGUCAGACUACUCUAUGGCCUGGGGCCUAGUCAGACUACUCUAUGGCCUGGGGCCUAGUCAGACUACCCUGGGGCCUAGUCAGACUACUCUAUGGCCUGGGGCCUAGUCAGACUACCCUGGGGCCUAGUCAGGCUACUCUAUGGCCUGGGGCCUAGUCAGACUACCCUGUGGCCUGGGGCCUAGUCAGACUACUCUAUGGCCUGGGGCCUAGUCAGGCUACUCUAUGGCCUGGGGCCUAGUCAGACUACCCUGGGGCCUAGUCAGACUACUCUAUGGCCUGGGGCCUAGUCAGACUACCCUGGGGCCUAGUCAGACUACCCUGUGGCCUGGGGCCUAGUCAGACUACUCUAUGGCCUGGGGCCUAGUCAGACUACCCUAUGGCCUGGGGCCUAGUCAGACUACCCUAUGGCCUGGGGCCUAGACAGACUACUCUAUGGGCUGGGGCCUAGUCAGACUACCCUGUGGCCUGGGGCCUAGUCAGACUACCCUGUGGCCUGGGGCCUAGUCAGACUACUCUAUGGCCUGGGGCCUAGUCAGACUACCCUAUGGCCUGGGGCCUAGUCAGACUACUCUAUGGCCUGGGGCCUAGUCAGACUACCCUGGGGCCUAGUCAGACUACCCUGGGGCCUAGUCAGACUACCCUGGGGCCUAGUCAGACUACUCUAUGGCCUGGGGCCUAGUCAGACUACUCUAUGGCCUGGGGCCUAGUCAGACUACCCUGGGGCCUAGUCAGACUACUCUAUGGCCUGGGGCCUAGUCAGACUACCCUGUGGCCUGGGGUCUAGACUACUAUAUAUUUAAGGACAGGAAUUGCUUCUGUUCUGACAUGAUCACCACCUCUCUCUCUUUUGAGACACUUGUAACAUCAAUAUCUCUUCCUCUUGCAGUUUGAGCAGUUUGAGAGCACGAUUGGCUUCAAGCUCCCCAACCACCGUGCAGCCAAGAGACUGUGGAAGACCUGUGUUGAGCACCACACGUUCUUCAGGUAAGAGAUGCACUAUGUUUUGUAGCCUGUCCCUGUAGUAUAAUAUAUACAGUGCCUUCAGACAGUAUUCAUACUCUUUGACUUAUUCCACAUUUUGUUGUUACAGCCUAAAUUCAAAAUGUAUUAAAUAUUUAUUUUUUUCUCACCCAUCUACACACAGUACCUCAUAAUGACAAAGUGAAAACAUGUUUGUAGAAAUUUCAGCAAAUUCAUUGAAAACUAAAUGCAGAAUUAUCAAAUGUACAUAAGUAUUCACACCCCUGAGUCAAUGUUAGAAUCACCUUUUGGCAGCAAUUACAGCUGUGAGUCUUUUAAGAGCUUUCCACACCUGGACUGUACAAUAUUUGCACAUUAUUCUUUAAAAAAUUCGUCAAGCUCUAUCAUGUUGGUUGUUGAUCAUUGCUAGACAACCAUUUUCAGGUCUUGCCAUAGAUUUUCAAGCCGAUUUAAGUGAAAACUGUAACUAGGCCACUCCGGAACAUUCAACGUUGUCUUGGUAAGCAACUCCAGUGUAGAUUUGGCCUUGUGUUUUAGAAUAUUAUCCUGCUGAAAGGUUAAUUCGUCUCCCAGUGUCUGGUGGAAAGCAGACUGAACCAGGUUCUCCUCUAGGAUUUUGCCGGUGCUUAGCUGUAUUCUAUUUCUUUUUAUCCUAAAAAAACUCCCCUAGUCCUUGCCGAUGACAAGCAUACCCAUAACCUGAUGCAGCCACCACCAUGCUUGAAAAUAUGAAGGGUGGUACUCAGUGAUGUGUUGUCUUGGAUUUGCCCCAAACGUAACGCUUUGUAUUCAGGACAAAAAGUUCAUUUCUUUGCCACAUUUUUUGCAGUUUUACUUUUGUGCCUUAUUACAAACAGGAUGCAUGUUUUGGAAUAUUUUUAUUCUGUACAGGCUUCCUUCUUUUCACUCUGUCAUUUAGGUUAGUAUUGUGGAGUAACUACAAUGUUGUUGAUCCAUCCUCAGUUUUUUCCUAUCACAGCCAUUCAACUCUGUAACUGUUUUAAAGUCACCAUUGGCCUCAUGGUGAAAUCCCUGAGGGGUUUCCUUCCUCUCCGUCAACUGAGUUAGGAAGGACGCCUGUAUCUUUUGUAGUGACUGGGUGUAUUGAUACUAGGGCUGUCCCCGACUAAAGUUGUAUGUUUAUUCGACCAAUCGAUUGCUCAACAUUUUUUAAGUUGUAUAUUUUUCCAUAUAUAGCCACACCCUAUGUGUUUUAAUAAAAUCAACUAUAUGUAUUGAGCUUGUCUGAUGCUUUAAGCUUACGGUUUGAUGCCUCAAGAGGGCGUCAGAGAUCUAGAUAACCAGAAGAAAACAAACACUAACCUGACCCAACUAUUCUCCUCCCGCUUUCGCAGAUUCUGCCAUUACUCUCCUGAAGAUGCCGGUAAUAGGCAACCUUUCUCAUGUGGACGUGGCCAAUUUGUAUUACCAUUUCUACCGAUCUGCCUGCCAGUUAUGGUUUUCAUAUGCACAUUUUCGUGAAACAGUGUCAUUUAAUUUUUAAUAACGUCUUCAUAUCUCAAAAUCAUUGUCAUGUGGUUAAUCAAAAUUCUAUCCAAAUCUAAAUGAAAAUGAUACAAAUCUAAAAGUAACUUCUAUUGCCAUUAUCAACUAUGUAAAAAUAGCCUACAUAAAGCCAGCAAAUAAAAACAUUGCCGCCUGCAGGUAGAAAAUAUCCUGAUAAAAAUAAAUAUCCUAUAAAUCACAUUGGCUACACAUGGCUUGUCAGCAAGGAACUGGAAACAUUGUAUCAACUAUUAACUUGGGUCAGCCUGAAGCUCCUUGAAACAUUGUAUCAACUAUUAACUUGGGUCAGCCUGAAGCUCCUUGCAACAUUGUAUAAAAUAUUCUGGGCCCUCAGUUUCCUGCACCAGUGAGCUCAGGACAGACACAGCUGUAGGCUAUUUGGGCAAGGGAUAAGAAACAGGGCUUGACUUGGGCAGCAGCUCACCGGAGCUGAGUAUUUACAUUUUAGUCAUUUAGCAGACGCUCUUAUCCAGAGCGACUUACAGUUAGUGAAUACAUUCUUUUUUUAUUUUCCAUACUGGCCCCCGUGGGAAUCGAACCCACAACCCUGGCGUUGCAAACGCCAUGCUCUACCAACUGAGCUACAUCCCUGCCGGCCAUUCCCUCCCCUACCCUGGACGACGCUGGGCCAAUUGUGCGCCGCCCCAUGGGUCUCCCGGUCGCGGCCGGCUACAACAGAGCCUGGAUUCGAACCAGGAUCUCUAGUGGCACAGCUAGCACUGCUAUGCAGUGCCUUAGACCACUGUGCCACUCGAGUACCGGCACCUCACAUUUUCUACAGCUUGAGCUCCUGUUCCUCUUAUAGAAUAUUAGCUCAUAAGUAUUGUGGAGCUCCUGCACCUAAAUAUAAACAGUACCAGCCCCCAAAAUGAGAACCGGAACCUAUUUCAGUCCAAGGCUACCACUGAUAAUCAGGUAGGCCUAUUUUAUGACGUUUCCACUGGAUCAGAUCAUUACAUUUUUCAUUUUCACGCUGAGUGGUUAUUGAAAGGGAGAGAGCUGGAAAGAUUUUUCGAAAACAUUGAGGAACUAUUGUAAUUAUCAAUGGAUGUAAAAACAGACUUUGUUUGCUUGCUGUUUUGAGGUGAAGAAAACAACAUUACUUUGAGAAGCUCCACAGGUCAUUAGUGGUGGUGCGUUAAGGGUUUUUCUUUAUUUUUACUAUUUUCUACAUUGUAGAAUAAUAGUGAAGACAUCAAAAGUAUGAAAUAACACAUAUGGAAUCAUGUAGAAACCAAAAAAGUGUUAAACAAAUCAAAAUAUAUUUUAUAUUUGAGAUUCUUCAAAUAGCCACCCUUUGCCUUGAUGACAGCUUUGCACACUCUUGGCAUUCUCUCAACCAGCUUCACCUGGAAUCCUUUUCCAACAGUUUUGAAGGAGUUCCCACAUAUGCUGAGCACUUGUUGGCUGCUUUUCCUUCACUCUGCCGUCCGACUCAUCCCAAACCAUCUCAAUUGGAUUGAGGUCGUGGGAUUUUGGAGGCCAGGUCAUCUGAUGCAGCACUCAUCACUUUCCUUCUUGGUAAAAUAGCCCUUACACAGCCUGGAGGUGUGUUGGGUCAUUGUCCUGUUGAAAAACAAAUGAUAGUCCCACUAAGCCCAAACCAGAUGGGAUGGCAUAUCGCUGCAGAAUGCUGUGGUAGCCAUGCUGGUUAAGUGUGCCUUGAAUUCUAAAUAAACCACAGACCGUGUCACCAGCAAAGCACCCCCACACCAUAACACCUCCUCCUCCAUGCUUCACGGUGGGAAAUACACAUGCAGAGAUUGUCCGUUCACCCACACCGCGUCUAACAAAGACAUGGCGGUUGGAACCAAAAAUCUCAAAUUUGGACUCCAGACCAAAGGACUAAUUUCCACCGGUCUAAUGUCCAUUGCUUGUGUUUCUUGGCUCAAGCAGGUCUCUUCUUAUUGGUGUCCUUUAGUAGUGGUUUCUUUGCAGCAAUUCGACCAUGAAGGCCUGAUUCACUCAUUCCCCUCUGAGCAGUUGAUGUUGAGAUGUGUCUGUGACUUGAACUCUGUGAAGCAUUUAUUUGGGCUGCAAUUUCUGAGGCUGGUAACUCUAAUGAACUUAUCCUCUGCAGCAGAGGUAACUCUGGGUCUUCCAUUCCUGUGGCGGUCCUCAUGAGAGCCAGUUUCAUCAUAGCACUUGAUGGUUUUUGCGACUGCACUUGAAGAAACUUUAAAAGUUAUUGAAAUGUUCUGUAUUGACUGACCUUCAUGUCUUAAAGUAAUGAUGGACUGUCGUUUCUCUUUGCUUAUUUGAGCUGUUCUUGCCAUAAUAUGGACUUGGUCUUUUACCAAAUAGGGCUAUCUUCUGUAUAUCACCCCUACCUUGUCACAACACAACUGAUUGGCUCAAAUGCAUUAAGAAGGAAAGAAAUUCCACAAAUUAACUUUUAAGAAGGCACACCUGUUAAUUGAAAUGCAUUCCAGGUGACUACCUCAUGAAGCUGGUUGAGAGAAUGCCAAGAGUGUGCAAAGCUGUCAUGAAGGCAAAGGGUGGCUAUUUGAAGAAUCUCAAAUAUAGAAUGUAUUUUGAUUUGUUUAACACUUUUUUGGUUACUACAUGAUUCCACAUGUGUUAUUUCAUAGUUUUGAUGUCUUCACUAUUAUUCUACAAUGUAGAAAAUAGUAAAAAUAAAGAAAAACCCUUGAAUGAGUAGGUGUGUCCAAACGUUUGACUGGUAGUGUAUAUCACCAGUAGUACAUUUUAUAUGUAUAUGCCUUCAUUUGCGCACAGGCCAGGCAACCUAUAGGCCUACUUCUAUGCGUGCGCGUCCUUAUUCAGCAUUGACAGGAGCGCUCCAAAGAAAAGACAAUGACUAAACUGACAAAACUCAUUAACGGAAUGAAAUAAACCAAAACUUGUUUCUCACAAGUGUAGCAUAAGUUGUGCGCUCUGCAAACAGUGUGUCCACUCAGACAAUGAGAACGGGAAGACUGGAAUAACAAUAUUGAAUGCAUUAAAAUAAAUGACCGUAACUAAAGUAACAAACAUUGUAGAUUAGGAAUUAAUGGUAAAUGUACUACUGGUGAUAUAUGUAAUGGGGAAUUGAUAUACACUAACAAUCAAAUGCGAACAAUUCACACAAAUAAGUUAUGAAAUAAUACAUGUGCACAAAUUGGCAGGAGAGAGCGCAUUCUGGAGAGGGAAGUGCAUUGUGCAUCCUGGGUGCAUGGGUAAUCUGAGGUCUGCAUUGGGCCGUGCAGCACGGUGAUGUGACCUCUGCAGAAGUCAGGGCAUUCAUACUUCUUGCUCUUCACAGAGCAGUGCAGAGCUGUUGUUAAGGAAGUGAGGUUGUGUUUUAUACAGGAUGUACCGCCCCCACCUACCGUCAAACAAUCAUGUCAAUGCGGAGCUAUACAGAGCCCUCCGCAUUGUUACAACAUUUGGGAGGUGCACGGUGAUGCGGUACAGAGAUCCAUUUGGCCUCUGCAUGCCUCUGGAGUUCAUAUGGAGCCUCCAACCACAUUUUCAGGUCAAGCAUAAAUUGGCUUUUAGUCUAGGCCUCUGCAAUGGAUUAGUUCACUGAGAUGGGGGUAUAUAUAUAUAUAUAUUUGUUACUGCUCGACUAAAACCAUCUUGGUCGACCAACAGCCUAACGACCAAACAAUCGACCAGUCGACUAAUUGGGGUCAGCCCUAAUUGAUACACCAUCCAAAGUGUAAUUAAUAACUUCAUCAUGCUUAAAGGGAUAUUCAAUGUCUGCUUUUAACUUUUUUUAAACCCAUCUACCAAUAGGUGCCCUUCUUUGCGAGGCAUUGGAAAACCUCCCUGGUCUUUGUGGUUGAAUCUGUAUUUGAAAUUCACUGCUCGACUGAGGGACCUUACCGAUUUUAUUGUAUGUGUGGGGUACAGAGAUGAGUUAGUCAUUCAAAAAUCAUGUUGAACACUGUUAUUGCACACAGAGUGAGUCCAUGCAACUUAUUAUGUGAAUUCUUAAGCACAUUUUUACUCCUGAACUUAUUUAUGCUUGCCAUAACAAAGGGGUUGAAUACUUAUUGACUCAAGACAUUUCAGCUUUUCAUUUCUAAUUAAUUAGUAAAAAUGUCUAAAAACCUAAUUCCACUUUGACAUUAUGGGGUGUAGGGGUGUGUAGGCCAGUGACACAAAAUCUCAAUUUAAUCCAUUUUAAAUUCAGGCUGUAACACAACAAAAUGCGGAAAAAGUCAAGGUUAAGGGGUGUGAAUACUUUCUGAAGGCACUGUAACACAGCAGAAAAUUAUAUAAAAUGAAAAGCUAUCAUAGUCAGAUCGUUACUGUAAAAUGUAACAAGCGUAGUGAUUUAAUCUCCAGAUAUAUAGGGUUGAUUUAUCCCCUAAGAACACAGCCGAAAGUAUGCACAUUAAAGGCUAUCAAAUCAGGUUAAGUGUCUUUGAGAUUAUCUGUAUGCUGAAAAGCGCUAUGUACUGUAAAUUAAAUGUAUUAUUAUUGUAAAAUAUACGGUUGUUUUUUUAAUCACAUAAUGGUUUAAUUCAUCCUAACUUUUUCCUCCUCUGUCAGACUGGUGUCUCCAGAGGCCCCGCCUAAGAAGUUCCUAGGUCUUGGUUCUAAGUUCCGCUACAGCGGGAGAACCCAGGCUCAGACCCGGAGAGUCUCCUCUCAGAUCAUCAGGGCCGCGCCCAUCUUCGAACGCUCCUCCUCCAAACGCUACACCAUGUCACGCAGCCUGGACGGAGGUAAGGGCUACUUAUUCAUUGACUAUGUUCAAAUGUUCACAACGCCCAAUGCAUUACCUCAUCCUAAGCAGUGUACUGGUAUGCUAGUGUGGACAUUGAAAUAGUCUCUAACUCACUAUUUUGCUUACCAUCUGUCCCCAAGUCUUUUUUUGAACACCCAACACCUAUUGAUUCACUGAGGGCAAAGGGGGGGCUAUCCAUAGAUGGUUAAAAACAAUCAUAGGCUACCUCAGUCUAGUCUUGGAGUCUGUGUUUAAGUAAGACUAAGUUGCUUCUAGACGCCGAUCUGAGGCCAGUUUUGAGUUUUACCCCCACUAAUGUAAAAGGGGCAAUGUGCAGCUCAAACAACAGCAAAACGGUCACCCCGCCAUUUUGGUUUAUCUUAUGUUAAGGUUAAGAUUUUGGGACAGUAAGCUGAUCCUAGAUCAGUUCUUAAGGUCAUGACUUACCUGAGGAUGUACCACACAGAGAACUAUUGUUUUGGUGUCCUCUGGUGACUAACAAUACCCCCCCUCACCGUCCCUCCUCACAGCACCCGUAACGGAGAACCACGACACCCUGAUGAGGGACGCCACGCCCGCCAAAGCUGACGCCGCGGGAGACCUGAUCACCACGGUAACGCUGGAGAAGAAGGCAGAGGAGGAGGAGGAGGAGAAGGCUGAGGAAGAGGAGGGACAGAUCAACGCUACAGAGACGUCAGACCGUAAUGUCCCCUCAACCGCCCUCAGACACGACAACAAGGUAAACAUCUUCCUUCCUCCUCCUCCUCCUCUUCCUCAUAUUAGCCAAUCAGGUUAGUCCUGGAAGUUUGGUUUUGUAUUAAACAGUGCCAUUAGCAGAGUACCAAUAUGAUUGAUCCAGGGUUAAGCAGUUUGGUCACAGUCAACUUUUGAGUUGGAUGAAGCUACAAGCUGAAAAACAUUGCCCUAUGAACUGUAAUGGCUCCUUGCUCUGAGUAAAGGCAACAGCGGCCUUAUCAGUAGCAGUUCUACGUGAAGACAAAGCAAUAUCAAUGACUUAGCCAGCUGACUCGAAUAAAUAUUCAGAUUUUUUUUUUUUGAAAGGUAAGCUUGAAAAGGUCAUGGUCUAAUUGACUCAAAAACCAAAAACACAUCUAAGUUUAGCUUUAGUUAAUAGUUAUCAAAUCAAUAGUUAUUUCUGGUUGUUUAUCAAACUUAGCUGGCUAGUUCAUUGAUCCUGCUUUGUAGUAUAACCCCCCCUGUUUAGCCUGUAAAUAACUCUAGAUUGACGGAAUCCUAAACAGCUAUCUAUCUGUGGACAUUAGAUUGUCUUACUCCCUGGUGUUGCUUUAACACUGUCAGUACUGUCAAAGGACAUUACAGCUUUAUCACUGUCAGUACUGUUAAAGGACAUUACAGCUUUAUCACUGUCAGUACUGUUAAAGGACAUUACAGCUUUAUCACUGUCAGUACUGUCAAAGGACAUUACAGCUUUAUCACUGUCAGUACUGUCAAAGGACAUUACAACAGCUUUAUCACUGUCAGUACUGUUAAAGGACAUUACAGCUUUAUCACUGUCAGUACUGUUAAAGGACAUUACAGCUUUAUCACUGUCAGUACUGUUAAAGGACAUUACAGCUUUAUCACUGUCAGUACUGUCAAAGGACGUUACAACAGCUUUAUCACUGUCAGUACUGUCAAAGGACAUUACAGCUUUAUCACUGUCAGUACUGUCAAAGGACGUUACAACAGCUUUAUCACUGUCAGUACUGUUAAAGGACAUUACAGCUUUAUCACUGUCAGUACUGUCAAAGGACAUUACAGCUUUAUCACUGUCAGUACUGUCAAAGGACAUUACAACAGCUUUAUCACUGUCAGUACUGUUAAAGGACAUUACAGCUUUAUCACUGUCAGUACUGUUAAAGGACAUUACAGCUUUAUCACUGUCAGUACUGUUAAAGGACAUUACAGCUUUAUCACUGUCAGUACUGUCAAAGGACGUUACAACAGCUUUAUCACUGUCAGUACUGUCAAAGGACAUUACAGCUUUAUCACUGUCAGUACUGUCAAAGGACGUUACAACAGCUUUAUCACUGUCAGUACUGUCAAAGGACAUUACAGCUUUAUCACUGUCAGUACUGUUAAAGGACGUUACAGCAGCUUUAUCACUGUCAGUACUGUUAAAGGACAUUACAGCUUUAACACUGUCAGUACUGUUAAAGGACAUUACAGCUUUAUCACUGUCAGUACUGUCAAAGGAGUCAGUACUGUUAAAGGAGUCAGUACUGUUAAAGGAGUCAGUACUGUUAAAGGACGUUACAGCUUUAUCACUGUCAAAGGAUGUUACAAAGGUACAAAGUACGAUAAGAUUCUUUACACCCCAUGCCUAGAUUAACCUCUUGUUUAAAGUGUUUUACUAAACAGGUAAGGAGUGUCAUUUCCUUAUUUUUCUACAUGGUCAGAGUAUAGGGUGUUCACCCAUAAAAGGAUUAGUUCAUUCAAGGUUUGUACAAACAUGUCCAUUCAAUAGAACAUUCCGUCAGGAAAAACAAUAGUCCAAACCCCAUGUCUCUACCAUAAAUGGUUAAAAAGUUGCAGACGUACUCUGAGAAUGGAGCGUGUUCAGAGUGAAUGGAAUGUCACCACAGGUCACGUGAUCAACGAGUGGUCACUGCUCUCUAGAAGUCUGUGGCGCCGCUCUGCGGCAGAACGGCGCCAACUUCCAACGUCAACUGACAAGCUAACUUACUAGCGGCUGAAGGCUUGUGAGUGAAAACGUGGGCUUUUUCUAAAUGAAAUCCGCUGAAUACAAAAAUAAAUAGGGACUAAAUAUAUACUGAACACAAAGAUAAACGCAACAUGUAGAGUGUUGGUCCCAUGUUUCAUGAGCUAAAAAGAAAGAUCCCAGAAAUUUUCCAUAUGCACAAAAAACGUAUUUCUCUGAAAUGUUGUACACAAAUUUGUUUACAUCCCUGUUAGUGAGCAUUUCUUCUUUGCCAAGAUAAUCCAUCCACCUGACAGCUGUGGCAUAUCAAGAAGCUGAUUAAACAGUAUGAUCAUUACACAGGUGCACCUUGUGCUGGGGACAAUAAAGGGCCUCUCUAAAAUGAGCAGUGUUGUCACACAACAUGGUGCCACUGAUGUCUCAAGUUUUGAGGGAGCGUGCAAUUGGCAUGCUGACUGCAGGAAUGUCCAACAUAACUGUUGCCAGAGAAUUUAAUGUUCAUUUCUCUACCAUAAGCCGCCUCCAACGAUAUCUUUGAGAAUUUGGCAGUACGUCCAACCGGCCUCACAACCGCAGACCACGUCAGCCCAGGACCUCCACAUCCAGCUUCUUCACCUGCGGGAUCGUCUGAGGAGGGGGGGUCUUUUUGUCUGUAAUAAAGCCCUUUUGUGGGAAAAAAACGUAUUCUGAUUGGCUGGGCCUGGCUCUCCAGUGGGUGGGCCUGGCUCUCCAGUGGGUGGGCCUGGCUCUCCAGUGGCUGGGCCUGGCUCUCCAGUGGGUGGGCCUGGCUCUCCAGUGGCUGGGCCUGGCUCUCCAGUGGGUGGGCCUGGCUCUCCAGUGGGUGGGCCUGGCUCUCCAGUGGGUGGGCCUGGCUCUCCAGUGGCUGGGCCUGGCUCUCCAGUGGGUGGGCCUGGCUCUCCAGUGGCUGGGCCUGGCUCUCCAGUGGGUGGGCCUGGCUCUCCAGUGGCUGGGCCUGGCUCUCCAGUGGGUGGGCCUGGCUCUCCAGUGGCUGGGCCUGGCUCUCCAGUGGGUGGGCCUAUAAACUCCCAGGCCCACCCAUGGCUGCUCCCCUGCCCCGUCAUGUGAAAUCCAUAGAUUGAUUGAUUUCCUUAUAUGAACUAUAACUCAGUAAAAUCUUUGAAGUUGUUGCGUUUUAUUUUGUUCAGUAUAUAUUUAUUUACAAAGCUAACAGACUACAUUUCAAUAUCCACCCUCCGCGAAGACCGUCUGUUCCUGUUUUCAUUGUGUAUUUCGGAGUCUUUCCCUUUUAAAUCGCCAUAGAAAGUGUCCCUCUUAACGUAGAUUGAUUGCCAAUAUAGGCAAUGAAAGCCAAGGAUCUGGAGGUGAACAUGACGAAGGUAUCAAAUGUAUCUUGAUUUGGAGGUGAUUCCAGCGGAAACCUCACAACACCAAAUAUGGAAGAGCUACAACCAAGAGCGGUGCAGUCCUGAACUAGCAACGGUCACAGCAAAUGAACGUUGUUAUUUAAUCAACACUGUCAAGUCUAUUAAGGUGAUAAUAUUGUAGAAGAACUAUCUAAUGAUUCAUUCUAUGUAAUUUAUAAUGACGUAGGGCAGGGUUCUUCAAUUCCGGUCCUGGAGGGCCGAAAAACUUCUGUUUUUUAUUUCUACCUGGUAGUUAAUUGCACUCACCUGGUGUCCCAGGUCUGAAUUAGCCCCUGAUUAGAAGUAAAGGAUCAAAAACGGAGGUGUUUCGGCCCUCCAGGACCGGAAUUGAAGAACCCUGACGUAGGGCAAAGAAAACUAGAUUUUGACAUUAAUUUCGUAGCACCCUCUUGAAUUGCCCAGUUUUUCUCUAACGUUGUACAGCAGUGAGUGAACGUCCUGCAGAGUGUGACUUGGCCGUAAUUAUUGAUUUCCCAGAUGCUUCCGGCUUAUUUUACCCACUGCUGUACUAGAACUGACUGCCUCUUGUCUAAUUCGCUUGUCUUUUCUCCUCCCACCUGUAUCAUUCUACUCACCAUCCAUACCACCUCCCCUCCCCGCUCCCUCCAUCAGCGCUCCCCAUGUCUGUACUCUUCUGACCCCCUCCGCUCUGAGCUCUCCCUCCCCUCCUCCCCCGUGGCCUCCACUAAGGUCCGUCGGCGGCGCAGGGAGAACGCGUCACGUAAACGCUGUGCCUCUGUCAGCCCGGCUAAAUCCUCGGCGGGGUGCCGUCGGCGCCAGGCCAAAGCGGACCGCGCCGCCGCCCUCCUAGAGGAGCAGGUGUUACUCCUGUCGGCCCGCAAACAGCGUCUAGAACAGCUGAAGGCCCACAGGAGGCGGGGCGGCACUCUGUUCUCCUUCUCCCUGCACCUCCCCGACCUCUCUUCCUACCUGGACGAGGACGGUUACCUCACCUUCCCCGACAUCACGGAGCUCACCUUCCUCCCUGAGAGCGUGCAGCACUUCCGGCCCUUCAGGUCACCCUCUCUCAUCCCCUGCUUCCUCUUCAUCUUCUUCUUCCUCCUGUCCACGUCGUUCUCGGUGCCGUACGCCCUCACGCUGUCCUUCCCGCUGGCGCUGUGCCUGUGCUACCUGGAGCCCAAGGCGGCUUCCCUCACCGCCUCCAUCGCUCAGGGCCUGCAUCACCAUGACAGUUGUUCAGAGGAAGAGGAAGAGGUGUGUGUGUGUGUGUGUGUGUCCUAUUUACAGUAGGCCUUAAACGAUACUACUCCAUUAAGGUCACAUAAUAGUGAUAUUGUGCUCCUGUCCAGUCCAGACUUGGGGUACAUCCAAAAUGGCACUCUGUCCCCCGAUGUGGGAUCUGAUCAAAAGUAGUGCACUAUAUAGGGAAUAAGGUGCCAUUUUCAGAUGACUUUGUCUGUCAGUGUUCCUACUUUCAGAACCUCGUGUCUGCUUCGUCACUUCCUCAUUAGAUGACAUCAUCAUGACAUCACCAUCACAUGAUCAACAUAAUAUCUUUAUGCGUACAGAGAUGUUUCAUGCAAGUUCCUAUAGCACAAUUUUUCCUGUUGGGUGGCUUUUAAUAAUGUAAACUUCUAAUAAUGGCAACUCACCUGUACUUUUGGCAUGAUAGCUCAUUUACCACAGCAGGACCUUUUCAGUUUGAGGGUCGCUUUAGGGUAAAGCAUGUUGCUUUAUGGGUAACCCAUCUCAGUCGCGUCACCUCGCGUCAUCUGGCUGCUUUAGAUUAGACGCAUACAGACAUUGGUCCAUUCAUUCACCCAGUCAGUCUCUCUGCAUUGCCUCUAGCUAGAUGACACAUCACAGUGAAACAUUUGUAUUGCAGUAGCGUUUAGCGGGACCAUCCUUUACAGCUAUCAUGAUGCAAGCAUCUGAUGCUUAACACUUAACACUGAGUCCCAUAUGGAUCCAGUUUCACUGCUGUUUAUACAGUAUGGAUUGGAGUCCCAUAUGGAUCCAGUUUCACUGCUGUUUAUACAGUAUGGACUGGAGUCCCAUAUAGAUCCAGUUUCACUGCUGUUUAUACAGUAUGGAUUGGAGUCCCAUAUGGAUCCAGUUUCACUGCUGUUUAUACAGUAUGGAUUGGAGUCCCAUAUGGAUCCAGUUUCACUAAUACAGAAAGACUGAUAAAUCACCUCCAUACCCACUACAUCCCUAUAGAAUCAUCAUCUUGCACAUUGGAUGGUAAGUGAUGGAGGCCUGAAAGUCUGAUUACUGUUUAACACCAGGUCAAUUGAAGGCUUUGAAGGAGAAAAAAGGAAUAGUUUGUUUUAUAAAUGGUAGACUUACCCAGCUAACUUAUGGGCUUAAAUAAAUCAAACUGGAACAAAGUAUUUAUUUCCUAAUCAAAUGGAGCAAAACGUAUAUACUAACAUAAUUAUUGAAUUUGAACGAGUGGCCUUAAACCGUAAGGUUAACAUUUCCUCUGAGUCUGUUUGCAAUGCUUGCUUUCUUCUGUUGCUUUUUUCUUCUUUGCCUUAGCCUUGUUUUAGCGACUGUAGUGUUUUUGCUUUUAAAGCAACCUUUUGUUCAUUUCCCAAUGCUGCACCACCAUACUCUCCAUUUGUGAUCAUUACUGUUAAGAAGGAAUAUUCAACGUUUGUGUCCAGAGUUUGAACUGGUUCUCUCUCAUUCCCUGCUUUCCGAUCGGAACGGUUUCCGCUGGCUGUUUUACAUGACAGACGGACAGCGAGCAAACUGACUUUGCCUUCGACGGGGAAAGCACGGUCACUGAGGUACAUUCAGGAGGAGAUCCCCACCCUGGAGUCUGAAAGCAUGGAAGACUCCAAGUGGAACCGUCAUUGAGGGCGGGGGAAAGAAUGUCUUAAUAGAUGCUGUUUAUUGUCAGUAUUUACGAUGGUUGAAUUCUUUGGGGAUGCUUGCUGUUCAGUGGAUUUGUCUGAAGCCAGAUAUAUUUGUGGGUGUUAAGUGUGCAUGCUAUUAGUAUAUAUAUGUCAAGGACUUUAUCUCAGGUUUCCUGAUUCUGUACUGUCUCUCUCUCGCUCAUCUCUCUCUUAUCUCUCUCUCUCUCGCUCAUCUCUCUCUCCCAUAUACUCUCUAUUCCUAUCUCUCUCUAUACACAAUAUCUAUCUCUAUCUUCUAUAUCUCUAUCUCUCUCUCUCUCUCUCUAAUAUCUCUCUCUCUAUCUCUCUCUUUAUCUCUCUCUAUCUCUCUAUCCUCUCUCUCUCUCUCUCUUACUCAUAUAUUGUCUCUAUCCUCUGUAUAUCUGUCUCUUAUCGGUCUCUCCCCCCCCCCCCCUCUCCUCUCUCUCGGUCUCUCUCUCUCUCUCUACUCUGUCUCUCUGCUCUGUCUUCUCUUGUUCUCUCUCUGUCUCUCCUCUCUGUCCUCUCUCCGUCUCUCUCUCCUCUCUCUCGGUCUCUCUCUCUCUCUCUCCUCUGUCUCUCUCUCUGUCUCUCUCUCUGUCUCUCUCUCUGUCUCUCUCCCCUCUGUCUGUCUCUCUCUCUCCCCUCUCUCCUCUCUCUCUCUGUCUCUCUGUCUCUCUCUCUCUCUGUCUGUCUCUCUCCCCCUCUCUCUCUCUCCUAUCUCUCACCCAGACCCCCCCCCCCCUCUCUCUCCCCUCUUCUCGCUCUCGUCUCUCUCUCUCUCUCUCGUCCCUCUCUCCUCUCCUCUCUCUUCUCAUUCCAAAUUCCCUCCCUCCCUCAUCCCCCCCCCUCCCCUCCCCCCUCCAUCCCUCCCCCUCCAUCCCUCUCUCUGUUUCCUCCUUUUUCCUCCUCCUUUCUUUCUGCUGUUAGUCGGAGCCAGAAGAUGAUUAUUCUGAGAUGAGGACACAGGUACUCAGAGUUUACUGUCAUGGCCCAGGGCCCAGUUUCCCAAAAGCAUCUUAAGGCUAAGUUAAUUGUUAGAACCUUCAUAGGAGCAUCGGUAAAAUCUACGAGCUGUUUCCCAAAACCAUUGUUACUAAAGUUGCUCUUGAAAACGCUCAUAAUCUAACACCUGCCUCAGACCACUCUAGAACACCCAAGUGCGUCGUUAGAUGCUUUUUUUUGCCCUCCCGCGUCACUUUAUACACAGAAGAUCUCCGCUAAACAUAGAAUCACAUGGUUUAUCCGUCUCUCUGUGACCGCCGAUUUACUUCAGAACAAAGUUGACUACAAAUACAAAGUUGUCAAUCUCUUUGCGACGUAUAAAAAGAUGCUUCAAAUGAAAACUGAGAUGACUGCAAUAAAAAUGUAAACGGCAGGCUAUAGGCCAAUUUCAAUCAAAUCAAAAUACAUUUUAACGUUCAAUCAAUUAAGUUAUAUUUUGCUACUUGUAGGCUACUUACUGUCUCAAUAUACUGUAGUUCAUGAUGUGUAGCCUAACAUGUGCAAUGAUGUGCUAACUCUGUGAUUUUAGUGCGUUUUUAUUGGGUAAGCAUUAGAAUAAAGCCGUAGGUGGUCAUGUCCUUCUAGGAGCGGAUCCAUGGUCAGUAUUGUCGAAUAAUUAUAAUGCUAAGGUAAGAUUUGAAUGGGGAAAGCCCUUAGCAAACGUUCUCACUGUGUGAUGUUUUUGGGAAACGUAUGUUUCAUCUUCGGCCGUUUUGUAGGAAAGAUGCUUCGUUAAAACACUCGUAAGCCUAAAUUCCAUCGCUAUGGAAACCGGACCCUGCUCAAUACUGCAGAGAGGAGACAUGUAUAGAGCCAUUAUAUCGCUCUCUAUAUAUAUACAGUAGGGUCCCAAAUUAUUGACACCCUUGAUAAAGAUGAGCAAUAAUGCCUGUAUAAAAUAAAUAAUUCAAGUACUGAGCUAUAUUGUAUGCAAAAAAAAAAAAAAAAAAGGGAUUGUACAAAAUUUAUUGUACAAAACAUUAAGAACACCUUCCUAAUAUUGAGUUGUCUCUGCUGCCUGUAUAUUGUGCUACCUAGUCUAGCAUGGCUGCUGCUGCCACAUACAUUGCCUUCAGAAAGUUUAAAUUGAAGAAAAAAAUCACUGGCAUACACACAAUACCACAUAAUGUCAAAGUGGAAUUAGGUUUUUAUUUUUUUUUACAAGUUAUUAAAAAAUGAAAAGCUGAAAUGUCUUGAGUCAAUAAGUAUACAACCCCUUUGUUACGGCAAGCCUAAAUUAAGUUUAGCAUGAUUUUUUCAUGACUCUGUACCACACACAUACAGUUAUCUGUAAGGUCCCUCAGUCGAGCAGUGAUUUUCAAACACAGAUUCAACCACAAAGACCUGGAUCAAUGCCUCGCAAAGAAGGACACCUAUUGGUAGAUGGGUAAAAAUAAAAAAGCAUACAUUGAAUAUCCCUUUUGAGCAUGGUGAAGUUAUUAAUUACCCAGUCACUACAAAGAUACAGGCGUCCUUCCUAACUCAGUUGCCGGAGAGGAAGGAAACUGCUCAGGGUUCAGUGCGGGUCAACAUACUAUGGGAAGUUGCACUCUCGCCACUUCGGUUGAAGGAUCUACAAUCACGCCUGACAAGGCCAAUGAAAUCCGCUCCUCGCUGGAAGUUCCGCCUUCCACAGGUGAUAAGCGUGAGGCUCUGAUUUAAUUCCUUAAAUUAUUCCGCUCUUCACCUCGGUGUAAACAGAAAUGAUUCACGCUGUUAAAACAAACAAUUGGAAAACAAGACUGUCUUACGUUUGACCAACUAAACUGUCCAAUAGUGGUAAAGCUCAUUUUCUCAAUGAGGGACCCGAGUGUCCUGUUGGGAAUGGACACUCUGGUGCACCAGUGGCCUCAGACCCUCCUUUCUACGUUUCCGCCAGUGGUUCUGAUUCGGCCCACAUUGAAGAGGGUGUUGCCAGGGAGUGCUUACCAUUUGAUUAUUGUGGCUCCCCAUUGGCCCAGGCAGCCUUGGUUCGCAGAGAUCAUUCGCCUUUUAGGCGGGGACCCGUGGAAACUCCCGUUUGCGCAGGGACCUGUUGUCCCCGGCGCAUGGGCAGGUUUGGCAAGCGAGGGCAGAGAUUUGGUUCCUAUGGACCUGGCCACUCAGAGGGCCAAUCUGAUGGCUAGAUGUUUGUAAGGGCACCCUCUACAAGAUGGCUGUAUGCAUAUAAGUGGCAAGUGUUUGAGCUCUUGUACCAAGAUAAUGGACUUGUUCCUUUUCAGUGCUCUGAAGUUCCUCUUCAACAAAAACCUCCCUGCUCAUGGCUUUGGCCUCGGCUAAACGUGUUGGGGACCUCUACACGUUAUCCGUGCACCCUUUCUGUUCUCAGAGUUGCCCAGGGCGACUCUAAGGUGACGUUGUGUCCAAAUGUCACAAAGCUCCGGUGCGAGCUUUAAGCACGUACAUUGAACGGACCCGGGAUAUCCGGUUAUGUGACCAACCUUUUUGUCUGUUUUGCUAAUCCAGUUUGCAGGCAGGGUGCUCUCUCCCACUGGAGUCUAUCUCCCUGACAUAUAGCAGCAAGGGUUAUGUAGCGGUGGACGCCCACUCCACCAGGGGUCUGGCAGCGUCUUGGGCGAUGUUUAAAGGGUUGACCAUAGGAUAUAUUUGUGCUGUGGCGAGUUGCUUGGAUGGCGCUGCUCCCAGUAUAGCACACAGUUUGUUUAUGACUGGGGACAGGGGAAUGUCACUAGGCAGCACUCUGUUGGUGCCGUCUUGGGGUGUGAUUAUAUUUCCCCAUAGUGUGUUGUGCCAAAGUUGACUGACUGAAAGGGAAUGUAACGUUAUAACUACUGUUCCCUGAAGGAGGGAAACGCCCGUUCCUGUGCUCGGUGAAGAGCGGUAUUAAAUUGAAGGAAUGAAUCCGAACCUCACGCUUAUCACCUGUGGAAGGCGAGGCUUACAGUGAGGCGCAGAUUUCAUUGGCCUUGUCGGGCGUGAUUGUAGAUCCGGGAACAGAACUUAUAGUCAUAACGUUACAAGUUGCAGAGUUGAAUGGCUGUGAUAGGAGAAAACUAAGGAUGGAUCAACAACAUUGUAGUUACUCCACAAUACUAACCUAAUUGACAGUGAAAGAGAAGCCUGUACAGAAUAAAAAUAUUUAAAAACAAGCAUCCUGUUUGCAACAAGGCACUAAAGUAAUACUGUCAAAGAAAAUGGCAAAGCAAUUACCCUUUUGUCCUGAAUACAAAGUGUUAUGUUUUGGGGCAAAUCCAAUACAACACAUUACUGAGUACCACUCCCCAUAUUUUCAAGCAUAGUGGUGGCUGCAACAUGUUAUGGGUAUGCUUGGAAUCGUUAAGGACUGUGGAGUUUUUCAGGAUAAAAAAACGGAAUGGGCUAAGCACAGGCAAAAUCCUAGAGGAAAACCUGGUUCAGUCUGCUUUCCAACAGACACUUGGAGAUGAAUUCACCUUUCAGCAGGACAAUAACCUAAAACACAAGGCCAAAUAUACACUGGAGUUGCUUACCAAGACGACAUUGAAUGUUCCUGAGUGGCCGAGUUACAGUUUUGACUUAAAUCUGCUUGAAAAUCUAUGGCAAGACCUGAAAGUGGUUAUCUGGCGAUGAUCAACAACCAAUUUUAUAGAGUUUAUAGAAUUUUGAAAAGAAUAAUGGGGCAAAUGUUGCACAAUCCAGGUGUGGAAAGCUCUUAGAGACUUACCCAGAAAUACUCACAGCGCUAAUCGCUACAAAAGGUGAUUCUAACGUGUAUUGACUUAGGGGGUUGAAUACUUAUCUAAUCAAGAUAUGUUAGUGUUUUUAGAUCGUUGACAAAAAAAAUGACAAUUAAAUGAAUUUUAAUCCCACUUUGUAACACAACAAAAUGUGGAAUAUGUCGAGGGAUAUGAAUACUUUCUGAAGACAAUAUAACGCCGUCACAUUCAUGUUUCUGUUGGUGCCGUUUUGUUGAGGAAUCACACGAGAGGUUGCUUGUUUUAUUUGACCUUGUUGGCUGAUAUGUUGAGGUAACUCCAUUACAGCUCAGUGAGAUGAUUCUGACCAUUUAUUUUAUCGACCACAGCCUUAGACAACAAAACUCCCUACAUAUCUCUCUCUCUCUACUAUAUGAUAUAGUACUCUAGCAUAACCCUCCGGAUAUUCAUUCUUAUAGCGUUGCACGGUGCACCGAAAUUUCUGUACUCGAUACUAUAACACAAAAUAUUGUUCGGGUAAUAGAUUAUUUUUUUUUACUUUCGGUUCUUCUAUUACAUUUUUACAUUUACGUCAUUUAGCAGACGCUCUUAUCCAGAGCGACUUACAGGAGCAAUUAGGGUUAAGUGCCUUGCUCAAGGGCACGUCGACAGAUUUUUCACCUAGUCGGCUCGGGGAUUAGAACCAGCGACCUUUCGGUUACUGGCACAACGCUCUUAACCACUAAGCUACCUGCCGCUACCUGCCGCCCCGUUUCUAUCAAAUGUGUCUCACGUUUGGAAAAUGAACUAAAUGUAUUGACCUUAUUAGAAAAUGUAUUACUUUGCCCAAGUUUAUCAUGACAUGAAAAGAAUGCAUCAGUGAUUCGUAUUCCCUGUCUCCUGCGACUCAGUCCCUGCGGUUAUAUAAGAGAAAAUACAUAAAUGUAUACGGAACAAAAAUAUAAACGCAACAAUUUCAACGAUUUUACUGAGUUACUGUUCAUAGAAGGAAAUCAGUCAAUUUAAAUAAAUUCAUUAGGGCCAUAAUCUAUGGCUUUCACAUGACUGGGCAGGGGCGCAGCCAUGGGUGGGCCUGGGAGGGCAUAGGCCCACCCUCAAAAGGGCUUUAUUACAGAACGAUGACAGAGAGAACUUUACCGAUGUCAACUAGAUUGACACAUUCAUUCUAUCUUUCGAUGACAUCAUUCUGGUGAGCAAGGGUUUAUUUAGUCUUCUAGGGCAACAUGUAAUGACAGAAGAGAAGCUGCAUGUAUCUAAUUAUAGACAAGUUGACUAACAAAUAGCCUACCAAAAAUGUCGAAGAUUAUAAGCAGAAACCUCUCUAAAUCAAGCCCCCCAAAAAAUCCUGCACCCCCUGUCAAAAAAAAGUUCUGCCGUCUUUGACUGUAGCUUAUAGUGCAUUUUCUAUAUUUGCGGGUUAGGGUUGGGUGCGGGGCCUCAGAUUUUCACUUGAUCACAUAUAGUCGGGCGUUUGCGGAUCGGUAAUUGGGAUGGGGUUGUUAGCAAUUACGGCCGGGUGCGGAUGAACAAACAUUUUUGCGAUUGGCCACUGAAACACCCCUAACCUAACAACAUCGCUAUGUGCAUACACACUUGAAUUAAAGGGUAACUACACUCAAGAAUCUACAUUUCUUAGAUUUUUCACAGACCUCAACGUUGGUCCCCUGAUGUGGUUUCAGCAUUGUUGUGGACUUGAAUCAUCCAAUUAUGUUGUUUUUCUAUUUAAAAAGCUGUAGUAUCGAGUAUCGCGAUACUAAACCGAGUAUCGAAGUCAAAAUUAUGAUAUUGUGAGAACAGUACAUUCUUAUGCCUCCCUCUCUCCUCUUGUCUUUCCAGUAUAGUUUCAUAAGGCGAAUUAAAGGAGAGAACGUUUUUAUCAAGCAUAGUAAUCUCAUGUUAGAGGUUGGUGUGAAUCCAAACGCAUGGUGUGCAUUACGCAUGCAGGUCUGCUAGUGUGAAGAACCCUAACUGGGAGAAAAAAAAACUGACUGCAACACAAAAUAAUGCUCAAUACGUAUACUACUGGUACUAUCAUAUCUUAUGACUAAACUGUGAGGAGUGGUCUUUGAAGUGUUGAUACUCACCUUUAUCAACUUGGUACAGCUGUAGUGAGUGCUUCAACCAACCCUUAGCUACUUAUCAUUGUGUGAAAUACUAUAACUCUGUAGCAAUAGAUAGGUCUGAAUGGAUGUUUGCAGAAUCCUCUAACCCUAAACCCUAGCGAGAAGUGGGAGUGUUUGUUUUGAGGCCAUGCUGCAUGCAUCCUCAUUGGUCAUCCUGGAGUGCGUUCCACAUGGCACACUGUUCCCUAUAUAGUGCACUACUUUUGACCAGAUCCCUAUGGGCCCUGGUCAAAAGUAGUGCACUAGAUAGGGUGCUAUUUGGGAACACAGCCCCCUACUCUGUUACUUUUGGUUUAUCCCAUUCUGGUCUAGUCAUGCUACUGUGCUGUGCCUCCAGGGGCUUUUAUCAGUUCCACACAGCCUUGAUAUACUAUUGCCUGGUGCUUAGCCUUAGAGGGAAUCAAAAGCUGCCAUACGAAAUACAGAAACACCACGCAUGGCUUGUCUCCCGACCCUCGUAUUGCCUGCCUAGUCGCCAAACCUUACUUCCUGUUAGCCUGCUUGUAUCCUGCUUGGUGAUUGGUCGAUCAGCACCUCACGUCCUUCUAUCCUGCUCCUGAUUUGGUGGUUCAGAACACAGAGGCGUCGGAGGAGCUGGUGAAACAUCAGAGAGACAUCAGCGAACUGAAGCGCUCCUUCCUGGAGACGUCAGGUGGCGCUGACACCCUGGGACAGACAGAGUGGGAGAAGAGACUGUCGUCGUCUCCUCCGGCACGCUCCCACAGCGGGGGAGUGGAGGAGGCACCCAUGAUAGAACCACUACACACCCCACAGGACCCAGUAAGAUCCAGGCCCUGGGGGAGUACUAGAAUACAUACUAGCUAACUGCAUGGGUACACUGCAUGGAUACACUGGCUGUGACAGAGACACUGAGGUGGUCUUAGGCGGGAGAAGAGACUGUCAACUGCUCUGGCCACCACAUCGGUGUGGACGUACUAACAGCAUGGAUGGGGCCCAAGGUUUUUCCACAUGGUCAGGGAAGACUCUAUGCAUGGGGGACACUGUCUUACACGCUAGAGAAGAACCUGGACACUCACAGGGACACUGUAGGAAACAGAGGAGGUUUCUGCUGUAUAUAUAUAUAAUAUAGAACUGUGUUUUCUCUGUAGGAGACGGAGGAGGUUUCUGCUGUAAUAUAUAAUAUAGAACUGUGUUUUCUCUGUAGGAGACGGAGGAGGUUCCUGCUGCUGAGGAAGAGAUGAAGCAGGAGGUACAAGCCAAUGGCAUUGAGGCAAGACAGCCAUUGUGUGUGUGUGUGUGUGUCAGUGUGUCUCUCUGUGUGUGUGUCAGUGUGUCUCUCUGUGUGUCUGUGUGUGUGUGUCAGUGUGUCUCUCUGUGUGUCUGUGUGGUCGCUGUAAGCUGAGUCUCUUCCUGUAGGCUGCAGGCAUGGUGAACUCUAGCGAUGUGGGGGCGGGGACUGCAGGAGCACAGGGGUGUGGUCUGAUGACUCUAACUGACACCUUAGAAGACGUCACCAGUGACUGGACGGACAGAGAGACGGACGGAGAGAAGGACGGAGAGGAAGAGAGGUUUCCACUAUCUCCAGAGCUGAAGAUAAGUCCAGGGACAGUCAGACAGGAAGUCUCUACGGCCAUCUUGGACAAGAGAGGAACACUCAUCAUCCUGAGGGAGAUGGAGUCUGAAGACAAAAUGGAUGCCAGUGACAAAACGGACACCAGCAGAGACGUUACCAAGACCAACCAGGAGAACGGAGGGGGGACUUCAGCAACUGUUGAGGAGGAUGGUGAGGAGCUAGACGGAGAUCCUCUGGCCCAAUCUAAGAAGAAAUAUGCCAUAAUCAACACAAAUGAAGAUGAGACCGGUGGUGAGGUAGAUGCUGAGACCAGCAACAAGAGAGAGAUGUCUCUCAACUUAAGCCAGACGGAGAUUGGUGAAGAAAUGAAUGGUGUUAACUCACUGAAGAUGAGUGGUGUUAACUCACUGAAGAUGAGUGGUGUUAACUCACUGAAGAUGAGUGGUGUUAACUCACUGAAGACGAGUGGUGUUAACUCACUGAAGACGAGUGAUGUUGACUCACUCCAGAAGACUCCAAGUCCCUCCGAGGUCUUGACCAAGACAGUUGAAAGGUCAGAGUUCACCACCGUGUCACAUGAGGAGGUGACAGAGCUGAUUACCCAGGAUGCACCACCGCAGAGAGAGGAAUCGCGUGGCCUGGAUGAAGCUGUGAGCGACCUAUCACAGUCGAGUUUCCCCGACGGUCAAUUUGACACCAAACCAUCAUCUGGAUCUCGAGCUGUGGUACUGUAUGGAUGUAAAACAAUACAAGCUGCAUGUGAAGCUUCCUCCUUCACAUGCCCUACAUGCCUGCUGCACCCCCCCCCACCAACUGCUCCCCUCCACCCCUCCAGCAGUGCUCCAACCAGUAUUACUGAGUAUUACAGGAACGCUCUGCCCUGCAUGGCUAGACUGCCAAACAAACAAUCUGUAUAUCCCCCUUCUAUCUGCUGACUUCGGGCACAUGCUUUCUGUUGCUCUCAAAGCUUUGCUUCAUUUUGACACAUGGCUCCGAAGCUUACUGUAUCUUGCAGCUGCCAGCUCAUCAGGUGGGCAGCUAAAAGGCUUUUGUUAUGACUGUUUUGCUGCUCAGCACCAUUUUAUUUCCUCCAGUCUGUGUCAUUGGUCUUAAGCAGUGACAUCAUUAUCAUCAGUCUGUGUCAUUGGUCUUAAGCAGUGACAUCAUUAUCAUCAGUCUUGUGUCAUUGGUCUUAAGCAGUGACAUCAUUAUCAUCAGUCUGUGUCAUUGGUCUUAAGCAGUGACAUCAUUAUCAUCAGUAUCCUGCCACUGCUGCAGCUUCUCCCACUAUGCCACCAGAAACAUUGUAUGGUCUAAUACAACAUAGACCCAUACAAUCUACAGUCUAAUACGACAUAGACCCAUACAAUCUACAGUCUAAUACGACAUAGACCCAUACAAUCUACAGUCUAAUACAACAUAGACCCAUACAAUCUACAGUCUAAUACGACAUAGACCCAUACAAUCUACAGUCUAAUACGACAUAGACCCAUACAAUCUACAGUGUAAUACAACAUAGACCCAUACAAUCUACAGUCUAAUACAACAUAGACCCAUACAAUCUACAGUCUAAUACGACAUAGACCCAUACAAUCUACAGUCUAAUACGACAUAGACCCAUACAAUCUACAGUCUAAUACGACAUAGACCCAUACAAUCUACAGUCUAAUAAGACAUAGACCCAUACAAUCUACAGUCUAAUACGACAUAGACCCAUACAAUCUACAGUCUAAUACGACAUAGACCCAUACAAUCUACAGUCUAAUACGACAUAGACCCAUACAAUCUACAGUCUAAUACGACACAGACCCAUACAAUCUACAGUCUAAUACGACACAGACCCAUACAAUCUACAGUCUAAUACGACACAGACCCAUACAAUCUACAGUCUAAUACGACACAGACCCAUACAAUCUACAGUCUAAUACGACACAGACCCAUACAAUCUACAGUCUAAUACGACACAGACCCAUACAAUCUACAGUCUAAUACGACACAGACCCAUACAAUCUACAGUUUAAUACGACACAGACCCAUACAAUCUACAGUCUAAUACGACACAGACCCAUACAAUCUACAGUUUAAUACGACACAGACCCAUACAAUCUACAGUCUAAUACGACAUAGACCCAUACAAUCUACAGUCUAAUACGACAUAGACCCAUACAAUCUACAGUCUAAUACAACAUAGACCCAUACAAUCUACAGUCUAAUACGACAUAGACCCAUACAAUCUACAGUCUAAUACAACAGACCCAUACAAUCUACAGUCUAAUACAACAUAGACCCAUACAAUCUACAGUUUAAUACAUCAUAGACCCAUACAAUCUACAGUCUAAUACAACAUAGACCCAUACAAUCUACAGUUUAAUACAUCAUAGACCCAUACAAUCUACAGUUUAAUACAACAUAGACCCAUACAAUCUACAGUCUAAUACGACAUAGACCCAUACAAUCUACAGUCUAAUACAACAUAGACCCAUACAAUCUACAGUCUAAUACGACAUAGACCCAUACAAUCUACAGUCUAAUACGACAUAGACCCAUACAAUCUACAGUCUAAUACGACAUAGACCCAUACAAUCUACAGUCUAAUACGACAUAGACCCAUACAAUCUACAGUUUAAUACAACAUAGACCCAUACAAUCUACAGUCUAAUACAACAUAGAUCCAUACAAUAUACAGUCUAAUACGACAUAGACCCAUACAAUGUUUUCGGUUUCCUUUUCCUCAUUCCUAUCUGCAGUGUUGCUUCCUCCUGAUUUCUUCUCUGUGUUAGAUUUGACUCUCCUUCUCUCUCCCUCUGUCUCUCUCCCUCUGCCUCUCUCCCUCUGCCUCUCUCCCUCUGUCUCUCUCCCUCUCUCCCCGCCUGUACAUCAGUCUUCACUGGUAUGGGUCCCCUCCUCUGUAACCAAGGUGACCACUGCUCUGGUCGUCGUGGAAGCAUCAGCCACAGCAGUCAUGUUGUGUCCGGUUUAAAAACAACAUUAUUUAGUCCAUUUUAAAUUAUUUUGAAGCAGUCCAAUUCACUGGAGGCACUGUUAAAUGUGUAAAUGUUGCAAAACUGGAAUAUGACACAUGUUGUACCAUACCUCACUUCCCCCUCUUAUCAGGUUUGUCAAUAGACUGCCUUUUGUUGGUGUAUCUGUUUGUGCAAGCCUGUAUUUUACUAGAAGGUCAGUUACUGUGAUUCUACCAGAGGGCCAGUAAUUUGACGUCACUCUUGUCCCUCACAGAGCUCAGCUGGAGAGGAGGGGGAGACAGGAGGGAGCCAGGAGGGAGCCGGGAGGGGGCCGGUAGGGAGACAGGAGGAUGCUGAGACAGCAGAGUCUACGGGACCUACGGUGAGCCUCUCCCAUACCGAUGCUGCAGAACCACAACUAGAGCCAGUAGUCAAUGGAGAAACACAGGCUGCAGGCUUGCACCCAGAACCACUCACUGUGGUCGCUGAUCUAGAACCAGUAAUGACUGCCGAGACCCAGCCAGAACUGACUGUAGAGGUACUACCAGAACCAGCUGUCAUUACAGAUGCAGAGCCAGAACCUGAACUGACUGUAGAUGCUGAUGUAGAAUCAGAACUUAAGGCAAAGGCCCAACCAAAAGCAUCACUCCAUACAGAACCACAGCCAGAACCACUAGUUACUGUAGAGAUACAGCCAGAACCACUAGUUACUGUAGAGAUACAGCCAGAACCACUAGUUACUGGAGAGAUACAGCCAGAACCACUAGUUACUGGAGAGAUACAGCCAGAACCACUAGUUACUGGAGAGAUACAGCCAGAACCACUAGUUACUGUAGAGAUACAGCCAGAACCACUAGUUACUGGAGAGAUACAGACGGAACCACUAGUUACUGGAGAGAUACAGCCAGAACCACUAGUUACUGGAGAGAUACAGACGGAACCACUAGUUACUGGAGAGAUACAGCCAGAACCACUAGUUACUGGAGAGAUACAGCCGGAACCACUAGUUACUGGAGAGAUACAGACGGAACCACUAGUUACUGGAGAGAUACAGACAGAACCACUAGUUACUGGAGAGAUACAGCCGGAACCACUAGUUACUGGAGAGAUACAGCCGGAACCACUAGUUACUGGAGAGAUACAGCCGGAACCACUAGUUACUGGAGAGAUACAGCCGGAACCACUAGUUACUGGAGAGGUACAGCCGGAACCACUAGUUACUGUAGAGAUACAGACGGAACCACUAGUUACUGGAGAGAUACAGACGGAACCACUAGUUACUGGAGAGGUACAGCCGGAACCACUAGUUACUGGAGAGGUACAGCCGGAACCACUAGUUACUGGAGAGAUACAGACGGAACCACUAGUUACUGGAGAGAUACAGACGGAACCACUAGUUACUGGAGAGGUACAGCCGGAACCACUAGUUACUGGAGAGAUACAGCCGGAACCACUAGUUACUGGAGAGAUACAGACGGAACCACUAGUUACUGGAGAGAUACAGACGGAACCACUAGUUACUGGAGAGAUACAGCCGGAACCACUAGUUACUGGAGAGAUACAGCCAGAACCACUAGUUACUGGAGAGGUACAGCCGGAACCACUAGUUACUGGAGAGAUACAGACGGAACCACUAGUUACUGGAGAGGUACAGCCGGAACCACUAGUUACUGUAGAGAUACAGCCAGAGUCAGAGGUAGAGGCUGUACGUUCUGCCGAGUCAGAACUAGAGGUAGACACUGAUCUAGAACCAGAACUGACUGCAGACACUGAUCUAGUACCAGAACUGACUGUAGACACUGAUCUAGAACCAGAAGUUACUGUAGAGCCAGAACUAAGUACCAAGUCCAAGCCAGAGCCCUAUGCCGGCCCUACUGCAGCGCUGGAGCACAAAUACAUCCAGACAUUAGGGGCAGCCUGCACUGAGGGGCUAACGACAGGGUCCACUACUACCACAGAGGAGCUUUGUAGUCAAACUGAGUCCACUACAGAAGAGACAGGUACAGAGAGUUGUGCAGGGCAGGUCUCAGAGAGGGAAGGGGCAGGUCUGUCUGCAGUAUCAGAGUUGGGGCAGGAGAACAUCUUGGUGACUGAGCUACUCUACAGAGAGUCAUACAGCAUCAAACAGAACAGUCGUAGGAGAGCAGGGGGAACAGGUAGGAGAGGAGGGGGAACAGGUAGGAGAGGAGGGGGAACAGGUAGGAGAGGAGGCGGAAGUGGUAGGAGAGGAGGAGGAAGUGGUAGGAGAGGAGGCGGAAGUGGUAGGAGAGCAGGCGGAAGUGGUAGGAGAGGAGAGGGAAGUGGUAGGAGAGGAAAAGGAAGUGGUAGGAGAGGAGAAGGAAGUGGUAGGAGAGGGGAGGAGGAGAGAAGGGGGAAGUGGUAGGAGAGGAGGUGGAGAGAAGGGAGAAGUGGGAGGAGAGGAGAGGGAAGUGGUAGGAGAGCAGAGGGAAGUGGUAGGAGGGAAAUGGUGGGUAGGAGGUGGAAGGAGAGAGGCAUAGUGGUAGGACGAGGGGAGGAGUGGUUGGAGAGAAGGGGGAGUGGUAGGAGAGGAGGGAGAGUGGAUGGAGAGGGGCAGGAAGUGUAGGGAGGAGGAGGACGUGGGAGAGUGGGGGAGAGGAGAGGGAAGUGGUAGGAGAGCAGAGGGAAGUGGUAGGAGAGGAGGGGGAAGUGGUAGGAGAGGAGGUGGAAGGAGAGGAGGCAUAAGUGGUAGGAGAGGAGGAGGAAGUGGUUGGAGAGAAGGGGGAAGUGGUAGGAGAGGAGAGGGAAGUGGUAGGAGAGGAGGAGAUGGUCGGAAGGAGGAGAGUGGAGGAGAGGAGGCAGAAGUGGGAGGGGAAGUGGUAGGAGAGGAGAGGGAGUGGUAGGAGGCGGCGACGGUGGUGGAGAGACGGGGGAACGUGGUAGGAGCGGAGGGGAACGUGGUCGGAGGGACGGGCGUAGAAGUGGUGGAGAGGAGGUGAGUGGGGUGGGAGGAGGAGGAAGUGGAAGGCAGAGGGGGAGUGGUAGGGGGGGGGAACGUGGUGGGCUGGAGAGGAGGAGAACAGUGGUAGGGAGGAGCAGGAGUGGAAGUGGUGGAGGCGGCUCGAGGAAGUGGUAGGAGCGAGGGGAAGGUGGAGGAGGAGGGCAAGUGGUAGGAGAGGGGGAGUGUGUGGGGGGAGGGCAAGGGGGAGGGUGGGGUGGUAGGAGGGGGGGAAAGUGGCCGUGGGACCGGCGAGGAGGGGGAGGGACGUGGUAGGGCAGCGUGGGAGAGGGAGAGUGGUAGGGGAGGAGGGGAAGUGGUAGGAGAGGAGAGGGAAGUGGUAGGAGGGAGGAGGAAGUGGAGGAGAGGAAGUGGUAGGAGAGGAGGGGGUAAGGGUAGGAGGAGGAGAGGGAAGUGGUAGGAGAGGAGGAGAAAGUCCCGUGGUAGGAGAUGGGAAUAGGAGUAGGGAAAGGGGGAAGUGGUAGGAGACAAGGACAUGCCCACUUCACAGGGUGUUGAAGACAAGGACAUGCCCACUUCACAGGGUGUUGAAGACAAGGACAUGCCCACUUCACAGGGUGUUGAAGACAAGGACAUGCCCACUUCACAGGGUGUUGAAGACAAGGACAUGCCCACUUCACAGGGUGUUGAAGACAAGGACAUGCCCACUUCACAGGGUGUUGAAGACAAGGACAUGCCCACUUCACAGGGUGUUGAAGACAAGGACAUGCCCACUUCACAGGGUGUUGAAGACAAGGACAUGCCCACUUCACAGGGUGUUGAAGACAAGGACAUGCCCACUUCACAGGGUGUUGAAGACAAGGACAUGCCCACUUCACAGGGUGUUGAAGCCAAUGAGCUGGUAGAAGAAGAGACCCCUCUCACACCCACACCUCCAGCCUGGCCCCUCCUAGAGGUAACCUCUAGCCAGCCCCGGUGUCCUCUGCCUGGGCCUCUAACUUCAGCACUGUCCCCUCCCUGGAUGGCUUGGUCUGGACCCUCACUCUCUCCCACUAAUAAUCAAGGAGAUUGAACGGAUCAGGGAACCUAAUAAACAGCACACUUGAUGGAACUUUUGGGAUUUGCAUUGGCCGUUUCUAUAGGGCCGUUUCUAUAGGGCCGUUUCUAUGGCCCUUUCUAUAGGGCCCUUUCUAUAGGGCCGUUUCUAUAGGGCCGUUUCUAUAGGGCCGUUUCUAUAGGGCCCUUUCUAUAGGGCCCUUUCUAUAGGGCCUUUCUACAGGGCCGUUUCUAUAGGGCCGUUUCUAUAGGGCCGUUUCUAUAGGGCCCUUUCUAUAGGGCCGUUUCUAUAGGGCCGUUUCUAUAGGGCCUUUCUAUAGGGCCGUUUCUAUAGGGCCGUUCUAGGUUUGAUAGGUUAUACUGUAUUUCCUCUGACUAGGGUAUUAUGGGUUUUAUUAGUUUAGCUCAUGUUGUUGUCUGUUCGGGUUCUCCAUUCCAGCAUGUGGCAUGUGUUUGUCCUAUUUGAUGACGUUUGUUUGUUUUGACGUUUCUAGUUUGUGUUCACUUAAACUGUUUCCAGACAAAUCCCGUUUUCAUUCUGGUUCAGUUAGCAAAGCACACACACAGGUUCCUAAAUGGCAGAUGGAACUGUCAUCCACUGGUCCGAUUUAGAAGAGCCAGUAAUGUUGAGGUUCUACCAUCCUGUCUUGCUCUUCAUUCAUCCUCAUUUCUUCUCCUCUGUCCGCCCAGAAACCCGAGGCUGUGCCAGCGAAGGAGCCGACCGCCAAGGAGAAUCCUGUACUCCACACAGAGACUAAAACCAUCACCUACGAGUCUUCAGAGGUGCGUUCAUUAGGGCAGCGACACAAGAAGAAGAAGAAGAGAAAAGGAAAGCAACAGUGAGAGUUUCUUCUUGAUCCAGGUAGUCCCUCCCUUUCCUUUCCACUCAUUAGAGUUUGUCACGUGACUUCUGACAGGGUGACUACAAUGGUGACGCGGAACCCGGUGUUCUGAUGAGCGCUCAGACCAUCACCUCGGAAACCACCAGCACCACCACGACCACACACAUCACUAAGGUUAGGGGUCAUUUCAUCAGCGGACCCUUUUUUACCUCUGGGUCUCUAACCCUAACCCAUUAUAAACUAAUUACCUCUGGGUCUCUAACCCUAACCCAUUAUAAACUAAUUACCUCUGGGCUCCUAACCCAUUAUAAACUAAUUACAUCUGGGUUUCUAACCCUAACCCAGUAUAAACUAAUUACCUCUGGGUCUCUAACCCUAACCCAUUAUAAACUAAUUACCUCUGGGUUCCUAACCCAUUAUAAACUAAUUACCUCUGGGUUCCUAACCCAUUAUAAACUAAUUACCUCUGGGUUUCUAACCCUAACCCAUUAUAAACUAAUUACCUCUGGGUCUCUAACCCUAACCCAUUAUAAACUAAUUACCUCUGGGUUCCUAACCCAUUAUAAACUAAUUACCUCUGGGUUCCUAACCCAUUAUAAACUAAUUACCUCUGGGUUUCUAACCCUAACCCAUUAUAAACUAAUUACCUCUGGGUCUCUAACCCUAACCCAUUAUAAACUAAUUACCUCUGGGUUCCUAACCCAUUAUAAACUAAUUACCUCUGGGUUCCUAACCCAUUAUAAACGAAUUACCUCUGGGUCUCUAACCCUAACCCAUUAUAAACUAAUUACCUCUGGGUUCCUAACCCAUUAUAAACUAAUUACAUCUGGGUUUCUAACCCUAACCCAUUAUAAACUAAUUACCUCUGGGUUCCUAACCCUAACCCAUUAUAAACUAAUUACCUCUGGGUUCCUAACCCAUUAUAAACUAAUUACCUCUGGGUCUCUAACCCUAACCCAUUAUAAACUAAUUACCUCUGGGUUCCUAACCCAUUAUAAACUAAUUACCUCUGGGUCUCUAACCCUAACCCAUUAUAAACUAAUUACCUCUGGGUUCCUAACCCUAACCCAUUAUAAACUAAUUACCUCUGGGUUCCUAACCCAUUAUAAACUAAUUACCUCUGGGUCUCUAACCGUAACCCAUUAUAAACUAAUUACCUCUGGGUUCCUAACCCUAACCCAUUAUAAACUAAUUACCUCUGGGUUCCUAACCCAUUAUAAACUAAUUACCUCUGGGUUCCUAACCGUAACCUAUUAUAAACAUUCUAAACUUCUAUUGAACUUCAGUGACUCCUUCAAAGAGUUGCUGAAUAUCUUUCACAUUUUUAGUUCUCCUUCAUGCUGUUUAUGCUCCUUGGUUAUAAGCAAAAUAGCAACAGUAUAGUUUUCCAUCUCCUUCAUAACGCUGUAUCCCUCUGUCAAUCCGUUCUGCUGUCAGACGGUGAAGGGAGGGGUCUCUGAGACCAGGAUAGAGAAGAGGAUCGUCAUCACAGGAGAUGCAGGAGAUAUCGACCAUGAUCAGGUCUCUGUCUCUCUCUUUCUCUCUUUCUUUCUUUCUUUCUUUCUUUCUAUUUGACUUCUCAUUGAUUAUUUUGAACAUAUACAGAUGAGGAUGACAAAUGUAUCAUGAAUCUGGGGAAGAUAUCAACUUCCCCAAUCCUCUUGCCUAUAAUGACUGAAUAUAAUGGUUGUAUAUGUAAUGUGACCUAACUUCAGUUGUCUGGUUGAUGUAACUAGUGUUCUAGACUAGUACUAACCAGGAGAUGACUCUGUAACUAGUGUUCUAGACUAGUACUAACCAGGAGAUGACUCUGUAACUAGUGUUCUAGACUAGUACUAACCAGGAGAUGACUCUGUAACUAGUAGUCCUACUAGACACACUCACUGACUCCUCCUCCCUGCCGUCCCUCCUCCCUCCCCACCUCCUCCCUGCCGUCCCUCCCUCCUCCCCACUUCCUCCUUCCUCCUCCCUCCCGUCCCUCCUCCCCACUUCCUCCUCCCUCCUCCCCACUUCCUCCUCCCCACAUCCUCCUGCCAACUUCCUCCUCCCUCCCGUCCCGCCUCCCCACUUCCUCCUCCCUCCUCCCCACUUCCUCCUCCCCACAUCCUCCUCCCCACUUCCUCCUCCUUCCUGUCCCUCAUCCCCACUUCCUCCUCCCUCCUCCCCACUUCCUCCUCCCUCCUGUCCCUCCUCCCCACAUCCUCCUCCCCACCUCCCUGCCCCCUCUCUGUCUCCCUCUCCUGGUGUUGUUGUGCUAUUGCACCACCAGGCUCUGGCCCAGGCCAUAAAGGAGGCCAAAGAGCAGCAUCCUGACAUGUCAGUGACCAAAGUAGUGGUUCAUAAAGAGACAGAGAUCACACCUGAGGGAGAGGACUGACCCAGGUAAGAUAAACAGACAGAGAUCACACCUGAGGGAGAGGACUGACCCAGGUAAGAUAAACAGACAGAGAUCACACCUGAGGGAGAGGACUGACCCAGGUAAGAUAAACAGACAGAGAUCACACCUGAGGGAGAGGACUGACCCAGGUAAGAUAAACAGACAGAGAUCACACCUGAGGGAGAGGACUGACCCAGGUAAGAUAAACAGACAGAGAUCACACCUGAGGGAGAGGACUGACCCAGGUAAGAUAAACAGACAGAGAUCACACCUGAGGGAGAGGACUGACCCAGGUAAGCAGACCCACCGUAUGUGGUCGUGGUAUUGUUCGGUUGUGGUCAGCUGGGCUGGGCUUGGAAGCUAGUCCACUCAUCUUCCUCCAUCGCUCCUCGGCAUGCUCCUGCUUCCCCCACAUCAUCUGCAGCAUUUCUGAAACACUAGCAUCCGCACGAACCUCAUCCUCCUACAUCUAG